GUAGUUGUGCUCGCAUAGCUCCACAGGACGGAUCGGUUGGCAUUUCAUGACGACAUUUGACCUCUGUAGACGGUGUGUUCCUUUUGCGCUUUCAACAAACCAACUUCUCUUAAUAGCCGGCAUGUGAUUGGAAAGCGGUGAGGUUUUUUGGUAAUGCCAACACUUAGGAUCACUUUAACCUGACCGUGAAAAUUGAAAAAAAAAUAAUAAUCGAGGACUUUUCCAUAAAGGUAAGAACCAUUUUUCAUGGUUAAUUUUUUUUAUUUUUAAAACGGAAAUUUUUGUGUGUUUUGUUGUUUUUUUCCAUUUGUUAUAAUAAAAGAAAACAAAAUAAUACCAUCGAAAAAACUUAAGUAAUAAAAUUUGAGCUAUAUAAAAUAUAUCAGUGACGAAUCAAGAGGGGCGGGUAUUAGGUGCUUAUACACAAAACACACACACACACACACACACGCAUAUAUAUAUAUAUAUAUAUAUAACAUUAUAUAAAUGGCGUGUUUGAGUGUGUGCGUGUUUGGUAGUUUUUUAUGUUUCUUGACGGGCUGUUAGUGUUGUUUGGUUUGGUUUGGUUUGCUUGUUUGUUGAUUUGGUUUUUAUUAAUUAUUUUUUUUUCCCUUGGGUGUCGCCCCCCCUCCCCCCCCUCCCCCAAACCAACCCCCUUAUUCCGGAACGGUUGGUAUUCACCUAUUCAAUGUACACACCUGAAAGCUGUAUGAGGUUUUAUAAACAGUCAUUAUGCACCGAAUGAUGCAUGCAGGAUUGAGAAUGUCCAUUACAAUUGUAUUAUGUUCUAGUUCAUAUAUUUAAUUUACGCCUUAUUCCCCCCCCCCCGGGCUGCCUUUAUUUAAAGUUUUUAAUCAAACCCUAACCAAGUGACAACCUCUUUAAAAAAAAAAAAAAAAAAAAAAAAAGCCACAACGACAACCCAACAGCAGACUGUUCAUAAAUGACCAUUGUUCUCACUGAAGUUUAUUUAUAUUUCUAAACUAGUAAUAAAUUGCUUCCCCAGAAAUGUACCGCUGUGCGCCGACAGACCACGGACAAUUAAUUUAGCUACGGUAUAGACAAUGAUUAAAAACAACAACACAAGAAAAAAGCAAUUAGUUUUGGUUAUGGCUAGAUCGCUUCCACGAGGUUAGGUGGUGGGUGACCUCUCCCGUGCAACACGGCGUUGUAAACGCGACACUACGGCACACGACCAUUGAAAGUAUGAUACUGCCGUUAAUUAGGUCUACUGCUGCGGGUGACCUAUAAAUCCACUAACGAACAGGUCUUAAGGCUUCUCGCCCUCCUCUCCCCCCCCCGGGUCCAACACCCACACACAUACCACAGUCAGACCACAUUUGAUCCACGCGGACACAGGGGGUCACCGUCUUUUACGUCAUAAUAGCCCGACUGUUGGUUAACAACUUUAGGAAAAGUCCUUUUAACCCUGUUCGCCAUUACCGAUCGUUGGUUGGCUCAACGGCGGUCCGAGUUCUGGGUAAGAGAGUGAGCUGCCAAAAACAUACUUUUCAUGAACUGGUUACCCAAAUGAGCUGAUAAAAGUAUACUUUUCAUUAACUUGUUAAACAAUGAACUGGCAAAAAUAUACUUAACAUUUUUUUUCUUCAAAUAUUAAGCUGUCAAAAGCAUACUUUUCAUUAACUGGUUACCCAAUGAGCUGGUAAAAGUAUACUUUUCAUUAACUGGUUAAACAAUGAGCUGGUAAAAGUAUACUUUUCAUUAACUGGUUACCCAAUGAGCUGGUAAAAGUAUACUUUUCAUUAACUGGUUACCCAAUGAGCUGGUAAAAGUAUACUUUUCAUUAACUGGUUAAACAAUGAGCUGGUAAAAGUAUACUUUUCAUUAACUGGUUAAACAAUGAGCUGGUAAAAGUAUAUCUUACAUCAGGGAUGGGUAAACUUUGUGUGCGUGGGGUAACAUUGAAGAAUUAAAAGCUAUUUGAAGGCCGAAUAUGUAUUUUGCCAUAUUAACAUUACACUACAAAGGUCAAGGACUGUUUACAAAAAAAAUGAAAAUUAAAGAGAAAUUUUUAUUUAAGAAAUGUUAAAACAAUCAUAAUUGUACAUGCAGUUCUGUAAAAUUCAGUGAGAUAAUUUAAACACGAAGUAAUUUUUCUUAUUUCUCAGUGCACUCGGGGGGCCGCAUGGCAUCAGUUGCCGGGCCGCAUGUGGCCCGCGGGCCGUAGUUUGCCCACCCCUGCUUUACAUCGUCUUUUCAAACAUUCGGCUGUCAAAAAAAAUAUAUUUCUCACUAACUGUUUGAACCAGAGCUGUCAAAAAACAAACCCUCCCCUUAAAUGUUUCGACAAUAAUAAUAAUAAUAAUAAUAAUAAUAAUAAUAAUAAUAAUAAUAAUAAUAAUAAUAAUAAUAAUAAUAAUAAUAAUAAUAAUAAAGUUUUUAUGAAAAACACGCUUCAUCCCCAAAAGUUCGAAGCGUGGUACAAAGUAAACCAUAUUAUAAAGAGAAAUAAAAACAAUCUAAAACUUACCACAUUUAAAGACAGACGCAACACUAUAAAGCUACAUACGAGCAUACCAUGUCAAAGUCUUUCAUCCCGUUUCAACCAUAAGCAACACAAGCCAAUAUACAUGAACUGAAAAAGAUGGUAGAUAGCACCACCCCAGAAGGUGCUUGCAAAAUAGAUGUGUUAGACAAUAUUGGCUGUCAAAAAUAUGCCUUUCAUUUACUUGUGACCAAUUAACUGUCCAAAAAAUAUAUCUUUUAAUUAAUUUGUCCUUAUAAAAAAAAUAUUUAAAAAAAACUAAGGGUCUACAGUGCGCACAUAGCACGAGAACCGCUCUGACAGUUUCGUAGCCCCAAAACACGGCUCGAUAGCAAUGCGCGGGACAAACCAAUUAAAAUAUUAUUGAGUACCCAGAUUGAUGCGUCACACAAGGGAAAAUCUUGUUCAUUUUCAUUUUUAUGAUUGAAUAGAAAGAAAUUCGUCACAGUAUGACAAGCGACAGCACACAUACACAUAGACACACACAAACACCCACACACACGCACGCACUCUAGCACACACUCACUCACACACACACGUGGAAUUAAAUUAAAACGGAUUAUUUUCUCAUUAAAUUUUCCGUUAUUAAAAAACAAAUAUGGCAGACUCCAAACCAAAAUUUUUUUUUUAUCAUUACAUUUAAUGUCAUAAAGAAUUGAAACACAUAAACAAUAAAAAGGUGAAACAUAAUUUGAUUGAACUUUCAAUAUUUCAUUUAUCUUUCUUUUUUUUUUUUUCUUUUUUUUUUCUUUUUUAAAAUACCAAUACAUUUAAUGUCAUAAAGAAUUGAAACACAUAAACAAUAAAAAGGUGAAACAUAAUUUGAUUGAACUUUCAAUAUUUCAUUUAUCUUUCUUUUUUUUUUUUCUUUUUUUUUUUUUUUUUAAAAUACCACUGCCUGCAAUUCCGGGUUUAAACAGAAAACACCGGCUAGGUCUACGUUACAUAACCCCACUCGUCUAGGGGUUCGAUCCAUUCAUGACACGCUUGAUCCCCCCCUGCCUGACACGCCGAAUCCCCUUGGUGACACCAAUUAUCUCCCCUUUACUCGCGUUAUUUCCUUUCUUACAUACGCAAUCUUCAUCUCUCCCUCCACACCCCCCUCACUCCCUCCUUCCCAUGCAGUUGCCGUGAAGUCUUGGACUCGACAAAGCGUUGUACAUUUGCGUGUACACCUGCGUGUACAUCUGCACGUGCAUCUGCGGGUGACUGUGCCUAUACAUGUGCGUGUAAUUGUGCUUCUACAUGUGCGUGUAACUGUGCGUGUACAUGUGCUUCUACAUGUGCGUGUAACUAUGCGUGUACAUGUGCUUCUACAUGUGCGUGUAACUGUGCGUGUACAUGUGCUUCUACAUGUGCGUGUAACUAUGCGUGUACAUGUGCUUCUACAUGUGCGUGUAACUGGGCGUGUAACUGUGCGUGUACAUGUGCUUCUACAUGUACCCCCAGAUGCACAUCAGCACGUAAAUUUGCAAGUGCAUCAGCGAGACCCCCGGCGUGCAUCUGUUAAUUAUAUCUCUGUGUGUAAAUCUGCGUGUAAUGCUAGGUGUACCUGCGUGUAAAUAUGAACGUACCUCUGCGUGUAAAUCUGCUUGUGCGCCUGCUAGUAAAUCUGCGUGUAAAUCUGACUGUACCCCUGCUUGUAAAUCUGCGUUUACCCCUGCGUGUAAAUCUGCGUGUAAUUAUGCGUGUGAAUGAGUGUGAAUUUGUGUGAAAAUCAGCAUGUAAAUCUGUAUGUUCCUCUGCGUGAUACUCUGCGUGUAAAAUCUAGGUGUGCCUCCGUAAUGUACCUCCGCGUGAGAGUCUGCCAGUAAGCGGGCUCCUUUUCACAUUUCUCCCCCUACCUAGUCUGGUAGUACCUCUUGUGCUACGUUAUAGAAGUAGACCUAAUUUGUUGAUCUUCUUCAAAGAAUAUUGGAGGCGUCCAAAUUGUUACCGAGCCAGAAACGAGGCACAAAUAGUUUCCCUUUCUUUUUUUUGGUUAAUGAAAGAAACGAUUACUCUGUACAAAAGCAGAUUUCCCAUCGUCGAGAGUGGCCGACCCCUUGUUUACCAACGUGGAGUUUCCGUGGAAUGUGAAACUAUCUCUGGGGUAAAUUGAUGUUGUCACGGUCUCUUUCUGAGAUUCGACGCGCCACAAGCAGUGCAGCCGAGAGCGAUUCUCAAACCCACCAAAAGCGGGAUUCUUGCAAGAUAUUGACAGCUUUAUGUAAAGUUUUUUUUUUUUUUUGUUGUGUUUUGGAAUUUUUUUAUUAAGUUAAAAAAAAAAUACUGGAGAGCUAAGCUAUUUAUUGGCCUCGGCCAUGGGAUAACAUUAAUUUUAUUUGCACACGUGACCAACAACGUCAGACUAAAAAUGUGUCGCUAAUGUUGGGAGACAAGUUGCUGGUAAAAUUGCCCCCCACCCCUUCCUCUCCCAUGAGCAAUUCAAAUCACUGAAUAUCACAUGGCAUUGGGGGGAAGGGGGGGGGGUUCCCAACUGAUAUCACGGCACACUGUUCAAAUGUUAGUAUAUACAAAUUUCCUCCAAUCUCGGGAAAUCCCGGGUGAAAAUUUUUAGAAACAAAUUUCCACCAAUAUCGGGAAAUCCCGGGUGAAAAUUUUUAGAAAAAAAAAAAAAAACGACUGCUCAAAUAAAGAUAAGUAUCAUUUUUUUUUUUUUUGGUUCUCUAGAAGACUCUACACGUUUAUCAAUUAUUAAAACAUACUCUUUCAUAAAUUAAUUCAGUUUUGGAAAUUUAAUACACAGUUAGUUUCACCCCGGGAAAAUCCCUGGAUCCCGGAAUGAGAGUCACGUUUACCCCGUCUCCCCGUGAUAAGUUAAACUCUGGAAAAUGAGAAGAACUAGCCGGCAUGUCCUAUUGCGGAGUACAGAUACAAUUCCAACUGUUGGUGAAUUCAAGAUUCCACUUUCCUAUAGAGUCAAACUGACACAUUAUUAUUCCCUUUUUUUUCUGUAUACCAAAAUCUACAAAGUUGGCAAAAGGCCAGGCAAGAAACGAAACAAAACAUUCGACGUCAUAGUCAGUUCUGUCAAAAAAACUUUUUUUUUUUUGGUGAGUUUUGUGGUUAUGUUUAUUUAUCAGGGCAACCGGGUCAAUGAGACGGGUAAAUAAUGAGGACUUGCAUUAUAACUGCAUUCCCCCACCGAGCUUACGACUUGUGGUGCACAUACAACUCUCUUGCCACCAAGCUUACGACUUGUGGUGCACAUACAACUCUCUUGCCACCAAGCAUACAAGUGGAGACACGAAUACAAUUCUCCUGCACAUGCCACCAAGCCUACGACUGGUGAUGCGCAUACAAUUCUCCCUGCACAUGCCACCAAGCCUACGACUGGUGAUGCACAUUCAACUCUCAUCACAUGCCACGAAGCAUACGAUUGGAGACACGCUUACAACUCUCCCUCGAGCCUGCCACAAAGCAUACGACUGCCAGCGUUUUUUUUUUUAAAUUUCCAUAACAUAAACACUAGAAAAUAAACACAUUUUUAGUGUUUUAUCAUAACUUACAACAUCUUUUACUUAACUUGUUUUGUUGAUCAGUUAGUCAGCUGAUUUCUUGGGUACCACCCAGUCGGCCGUUGUAACCCGAGAUUUUUGGUUAACAACUCAUUUACGCAGUGGUCACCUCAUCCUGAUGAAGGAAAAAAAAAUCACAAAACAAUCAGAUCGCUUCGACGAGUCCAUUCCAUCCAGAGUCUUUAAAGAUCCAUAGCCCUGAACAUUUAUCAUUGUUUUGUGGGCAGAACUAUGCGUCAGGUCGAAGACGUAGGAGUGAUUGCUCUUUACCAACAGUUUUUUUUUUUUUUAGGAACAUUGCAACGGAAUUAUCGCUCUUGGCCAGGAGUUCGUUGUGAACCAAGCAAUCCUCCUUUGAAGAAACAUAAAACGUCCAGUAAAAUGGAAAUUCCCCAAAAAUAUUUCAGAAACAUCUCCCCACAUUUUUUUUUAUAUAUUCAGUCAGUGUCUGGCAUUUAUCUGUUGCAAUAUAGUCUACACACCAAUAGGAAUGCUUGAUGCCCAAUAGAAACUAUUAGCAAUCUCCUUGUAAGUAUUCGAUCUUAAUCAAAGUCCUGGUCAACAUGUACUCUCGAAGGAAGCCACUUUGGUGGACGCGUCUUAAUAUCUCCACAUUUGCAUAUCUCUUUCAACCGACGGCAGACACUCAUUGACCCAAGGCUUGAGAUUCAAUCAAGUACUAUACCAUUUCUGGUGUCUUACUCCACUGUGCAAAGAAGAAUUACUCCGUAAUGCAAUAUUCGUACACAUCGUUCAAUGUCUUGAAUUCGUUCUAGUUCUAAUACUAGCAUUAUUUUGUCAGCGGUAGGGCUAAGACUUAAAAAAGGGGGAGAGAUGGGGGCAGGAGGCUUACAUCUAACACAAACAUUAAUGGCGAUAACAUUAAUGACGAUAACAUUCAUGGUGAUGACAUUAAUGGCGAACACUUAAGUUUUUGAACUAAUUUCUAUUUCUUGUUGUUUCCUUCAUGUGUCCCGUCUGCCGAGGAAGGCUCUUGGCCGAAACGUUCUUCCUCUAUUGUACUGUCCUUCUGUCUCAAGCCUAGGCAAACCCUUGUUCUUCUAUUUCAUUCUCACAGCUGGACAGGGGUCCUUCAUUUAUUAUUCUUAUAUCUGACGACUCUCUUUUCUUUGGUUUGUUGUUUUUUUUUUGGUUGUUGUUUUCUUCUGUCCAUUUUUUUGUUGAGUUUUGAUUACAAAGGGGAAUAAUAUCGAAUUGUCACGUUUAGUGUGUUUGCUUUGUAUAAAUAAACGUACGUCCUUUUUUAUAACACCUGCCUUGUCGGCGUUGCGAAAUGAACGUGUUGAAAUCAGAAAACACCUGCAUGUCGCUAUUGCGUAAUGGCCUUGUGACCUUAUGCUCGUUUCGUAAAAAACCAGACUCGUCUUUACAAUCCUUUACUCGUUUUCUCACUUCUUUAAUUGAUACAAUGGGCAUUUUUAAUUCUCACCCCCCCCCAAAUUCCUGUGGCAUUACAAGCCAUGUAGGACUUUGGCCUGCCUCACUAUUUCAUUCCACCCAUCUCUAUGGUGCUGCAGCCCAUGUAGGACUUUGGCCUGCCUCACUAUUUCAUGCCCUCCAUCUCUAUGGUGCUACAGCCCUUGUAGAGCUUUGGCCUGCCUCACGGCUUCCUUCCAACCAUGGCCGUGGUGCUGCAGCCCAUGUAGGGCUUUGGCCUGCCUCACCUCUUCCUUCCACCAAUCCUUGUGGCCCUACACCCCAUCAGUGAUUAUUUCAGAAUUCCCCCCCCCCCUCGGAGGGGGGGGGGAGACUGCAGAUUUUUUUUUUGGGGGGAGGCAGUGCCAUCAGUGCCAGAUGUGCCAGCAGUGCCAGUUGAUUUCUUUUUGGACAUUUUUGCUCCAAGGGGCACAUGGCUUUCCCUGGAGGAGGCGCAAUGCCCCCUCCCCCCCCCCAGAGAUAUAGCUGAAAGAAACCCUGCUCCCCAUGUAGGGCCUUGGCCUGCCUAACCACUUCCUUACACUUAAGACUUAAAUUAACCAUGUUUGGUUUCCCAGCAGCUGUAAGAUCUUCUUCCACGUCAUGCAUUCAUCUGCGGGUAGGUCUGCCUUGGGUAUCUUUUCGAAUGGAUUGAUUACAGACCUAAUUUUUUGCUUAUUUCAAUCAUAGACAAAAUAUCCGAGUGCAAAAUGUUUUCUUUUUAAUUGCUUUAUUUUUUAAAUAAUGUAGAAAUGAAAUUAAAUAUUAUGUAAAAAAAAAAAAAAAAAAAAAAUUUCAUUUUAGGCUCUGGGCUAUCCGGCUUUAUAUAACGAGUUUAAAAAUUGAAAUGACGUCAUUGGGUUGGUGAUUUCGAAUUAUUAAUAUUUAUAAGACCUAAUUUUUUGCUUAUUUCAAACAUAAACAAAAUAUCCGAGUGCAAAAUUUUUUCUUUUUAAUUGCUUUAUUUUUUAAAUAAAGUAAAAAAGAAAUUAAAUAUUAUGUAAAAAAAAAAAAAAAAAAAAAAUUUCAUUUUAGGCUCUGGGCUAUCCGGCUUUAUAUAACGAGUUUAAAAAUUGAAAUGACGUCAUUGGGUUGGUGAUUUUGAAUUAUUAAUAUUUAUUUUUUGCAAAUGCUUUAAAAAAAAAAUUGUAUAGAACAACCUUUUCUACAUAGUAAAGCUAAACAGCACUGUUUUUACCUUUUUAAGUUAGAGGGAAAAAAAAACAAUAUUGUAAUGUUUAGGUAAAGAAGCUGCAUAUAUCAAAGCUGUGACUGGGGUUAAAGCAGUCAGGGGCGGACCAAGAUUUUUGCCGCCCACUUUACUCCAUUAAAAAAAAAAAUCUGUUAAAUUGUUUGAAAAUAUCGCCCCUCCAUGAAAAUACUCUUUAAAAAAAAAAAAAAAAAAACAUUNAAAGAAGCUGCAUAUAUCAAAGCUGUGACUGGGGUUAAAGCAGUCAGGGGCGGACCAAGAUUUUUGCCGCCCACUUUACUCCAUUAAAAAAAAAAAUCUGUUAAAUUGUUUGAAAAUAUCGCCCCCCCAUGAAAAUUCUCUUUAAAAAAAAAAAAAAAAAAAUCAUUGCCUCCCAGGGUAGACCUGUGCUAUGCACUCUUGCCCUUUUUCUACGCCAGAUGAUGCAUUGUAACGUUCAACGACAUCAUUCCACUCAGCAGUUGAAGUAGAUAAUGAGGGUCUAGAGUCUAGAGUUAAGAGGGAGAUAAUUGAUGUAUUUUUCCGUAACACGAAAUUCACUCCUCUACUUCGUGCCACACAACUUUUAACAAACCACAAAAAUCUACAGACUGCCCUACGAUUUGUUGGGGCUGAUUGAAGAGAUUCUUAUUGGAAUUAGCGGAGAUGUGUCUGCAAUUAAUCCUGACACGUUUCUGUUGGAAGUCUGAACCAGAAUUAUACGAUAAAGUCUGAGUCAUGCACAGUUAGUUGAAUUAAGUUAGGGUUUCAAAUGUUUAAGAAAAUAUUCAAUUUACUAUGUCAGAAGUUAAUGUGGAAUCUCUAACAAACUGCGAAUCGGAUAAUUAGUUCAAUGGCUUUGUUCUGUCUAGGGCAGUGGCUCUCAACCUCAACAAUGCCGCGACUCUUUAACACAGUUCCUAAUGUUGCGGUGACCCCCCAACCAUAAUAUUAUUUUCGUCGCUGCUUCAUAAAUAUGUGUUUUUAGAUGGGCUUAGUCGACCCCUGUGUAAUGGCCGUUCGAGCCACAAAGGGGGUCACGAUCCACAGGUCGAGAACCGCUGGUCGAGGGGCAACUAUUCAACAAAAUUCAAGAUUAGUAGGACACAUGGUUCUUUAUUGAGAAUACAUCGUGUCUUCUUUUACCCGCAACUCCAAUACAACUACUAAACCAUAACAACUAACAACGUCACACGUCAAAUACGUCACGAACACAAAGCACAUUUAUAGCAACAGCUACGCAAGUAAUCUCCACACCAAAACUCACGCCUACAAAAAAAAAACAAUACAAGCAUGAACAGAAGCUGUCUAGUCGCAUAAGCGAUAGCACAUUAUUGAAUGGCCGCUUAUGUAGAUCUGUUUAGAAACCUACUAAUGGAUUUCAGUUAAUAUAUGACGGUACGUGGUAUGCAUCUGGGGGCAAUGGAUUUAUGGAGCUAUGGAAGUGUUGUAUAUUUAACCGGUAGGAAUGUAUUCAAAAGAGCUACUGGCUAAUACAUCCAGCAUCGCCCUGGUUUGCAUUUGGAAAUAUUAUGUCCAGGCAUAUCACUUUACAUUGAAAUUAAAGUCCCCAUCACAACCGCUUCACUGAUAUUAAAGUAAAAAAUACAAAUCUCAUUUGUUAAAAAAUGUUCCCAUCACAAAAGACAAAUCUAUGGCUGAAAUUUCUAAAACAUAGAAAUGUGGGCCCCGUGUAAUGCAGUUUACAUAUAAACUUUAAACCAAACAAAGUCCAAAUACAUGAGUUAAAAAACAAACAAACAAUAUUUAUUCAUCUUUCCAUCAGAAUUUGAUCACGAAUGUGAAAACUAUGUAUUCGAGUGAAUGAUAAAAUUACAUGCUCGAGUAAAUGUUAUAGCUAUAUAUUCGAUUAAAUCUUAAAGCUAUAUAUUCGUGUAAAUUUUAAAACUAUAUAUUCGUGUAAAUGUUAAAACUAUAUACUCGAGUAAAUGUUAAAACUAUAUAUUGGUGUAAAAGGUGUUUUAAAAAAUCAAAUUCAAACUGGUUGAAAAAUCUCUAAGAAAAAGCCUUUUUAGGAAUUGACAAAAUCAGGUAUUAUUUGUUAAAAUACACCGAUAUUCUAAUAUGUGUAAUGAGGGUGUGCAUACCAAGUUUGGCCUGGAUUCAUCCAUUCUUUUAGAACAAUACUUUGUACCCUCGGCAUCCUUGUAUGCUUAUAACUUAGUAAAUAAAAAUGAAAUUGUCCAAACCCAUUUAACAUAGAGAGUUCCAAAAGAAGUGGUAAUUAUGAAGUCAAUUCCAUCAGAGGAAUGGAUGUAUACCUCUAUGUGUCGAGACGUUGUAUCUGUUGUGUUGCAAAUCAUCCACUCGUGGCAAUGAUUGUCUAUUCAUCCAGCCAAGUCUCCCACUUGAUCACCGAACAGCACAACCAAUAGUAAUAAUCUCCAAUUCAACAAACACUCCACGGUUCGUUACAAUAUAUAAAUUUAAUAUGCCUCUUCAACAUGACAAUCAGUGUACUUCACUAUACAACUUGUAACCGUUCAACUUCACAUUAUAUCUAGUUGAAAUCCUCACACAUAGAAACAUCACACAAGAAGCUAUGUCUUGAAUAGUGCACAACGGCCGUCUCUCUUCUCCAACAACACUAAAACUAACGCGUCACUUCCCAUUACACAAUUACGUCACAACACUCUCACACAAAUGAUAUAGCUACACGUAAAAUCUCUAACUCAACAUCUUUUCCCUAUCAAAUAUGACAACAAUGCUCCACACAUAACAACAGUGAUUCUCAUACCCUUGACACUAUGCAUGUUUAGUACACAGCAGAGAGGAAUGGGUGUAUAGAUCUAUGGAUAUUCAAUACAAACCAGAGAGGAGUGGAUGCUUAGAGCUAUGGAUAUGUGGUAGACAACUAAAAGGAAUAGAUUUAUAGAACCACGGGCGAGCUGUACACAACUAAAAGGAAUGGAUUUCUAGAGCUAUACGAAUCUGCUGUAUACAACUGAGAUUACUAAAGACAACGUUGGGGAAAGUAGCUAUUUGUUGUCGACGGUUAGCUGUUGAUCGCUGUCCAGAGAGGUUGGUCUUUUGUUCUAUUCUCUGGUUCAGUUCUUAGACUAGCUUCGAUUAGUUUCUCAGCAGUUUUUUUUUUUUUUUUUUUUUUUUUUUUUUUUUUGUUUGUUUUUGUUUCCCCCCUUUUUUUUUUUUUUUUUUUUUUUUUAUGUAGAUACAAUACGUUUAUCUCCAGUUAGCAAAAUUGGUUUUUGUUGGAGUGAUGCCACUUGAACGGAAAUACAUUAUGUUUGUUCUCGAUUUAAACAGAAAUAAUUAAGAUCCCACUGUGGAGCAGGGCAAGUGUGCCAUGUUGGGAGUGAUCACUCUAUGUAAAGUAUGGGAGUGUCAGUAUGCCUCUGCUCGCUCUAGGGUCCCGAUUUAGAAUCGCAGAAAUUAAAAUAGUUAACGUUUCGCAUUUCUUCCAGAAACAAUUCCAACAUUUCCACCAUUCCUAUCAUCGACCUUCCCACCAAUUCAUUCGUUAAAAUCAUUCCUUACCCAAAUUCCCCCCCCCCUCUAUUGUAAUCCCCUCUUACAGUGGCUCUUAACCUGUGGGUCGCGACGCUAUUUGGGGUCUAACGAACAUUUCGCAGGGGUCGCCUAAGACCAUCGGAAAAAACACAUAUACUCUACAGUUAGGAAGUAGCAACGACAAUAAUUUUAUUAUUUGGGGUAACCACAACAUGAAGAACUUAUUAGAGUUUCGAAGAAUUAGGAAGGUUGAGAACCACUGCUCUAUUAUAUAUAUGAACAGGUUUAGUUGAUAGUUUAACAAUAUCAUCAAAAGCAUGUUUUAACUUUUACGCCCACUGAAAGAGAAUGACUCUUACAUCAAUUGAUAAGUAAGUUACCAUACCUACGAGAUCUACCAACGAGAUCUAUCAACGAGAUCUACCAAACGAGAUCUGCCAACGAGAUCUACCUACGAGAUCUACCUACGAGAUCUGCCAACGAGAUUUACCUACGAAAUCUACCAACGAGUACUACCUACGAGAUCUACCUACGAGAUCUACCUACGAGAUCUACCUACGAGAUCAACCAAGAUGUACAAAAAAAAAAAAAAGAGUCUCGUAAAUUAACGUGCAGUCACAAAAUGCACCACAUGUCGUUUUUCAUUCCAUUUUUUAAGAGAUACCUACGAGAUCUACCUACGAGAUCUACCUACGAGAUCUACCUACGAGAUCAACCAAGAUGUACAAAAAAAAAAAAAGAGUCUCGUAAAUUAACGUGCAGUCACAAAAUGCACCACAUGUCGUUUUUCAUUCCAUUUUUUAAGAGAUCCUUUGGGUGUAGAACAUAUGGAAAUGACUUUGUAUCUUGACAGAUGACGAAAACCAGAUAACAUCACAGCUCCAAGGCAAGUCAAAGGAUGUGGGGCUAGAGUUGGGGGCUUGAUUUGGUGGGGGAUGGGGUGUGUUGUCCACGUGGCGUAUUAUAAACUAUAUCCCAUCCCCACCGAGUCCCUUCCUCUGUCCUGUGAACAAGAAUAAAGCCAGUACCUGCUGAAUGGUAGUCUAGACUAUCCACGAGGACUGACUUUUCGAGCAGUGGAUCUCAAAUGCUGAUCCGCAGUGCAUUGGUCACGCUCGCAACUCUAGAAAGUAGGUUUACAUUGUAAAAUCUAAUUAAACAAUCCCCUAAAAAAACGAAGUUUUUCGUAAAAAUCCUUGAUAUGCAUUUUUUAAUUAUCUUAUAAAUUAUUUGCUUAUGCCCCACCCGCUAUUACACCGCAAGACUUAUUUCACCAACUAUUGGAGAAAAAUAAAACAAAAUAUUACGCAGCGAACGCACUUGCGAUUUUUAUUUAAAGACUAUCAUUUAGCGCAGUUAUCGGGAAUUUUCUUAAAUAAAAUCCGGGGGCGUCAUAUUCUCAUCAUCUUCUCCAUGGAAAAAAGGAAAAAAAAAACAACUUAUUUUUUGGGGGUUGGGGGUGUUGCUGACAAUUUGAUAGGAUGGGUUGUCAUCCGAUAGAAUGGGUUGUCAUCGGCAACGGGGCUAUGUGCCAAGUUUCACCUCGACAGGUUGACGGGACGGAUGUCGAUUAGACGUCGGGAAAAUUUUGCCCUCAAAACACAAAAGCGAAGUUGAUAUAAAGGAUUUAAAAAUCAAUAUUUCUUGAUUAGAAAUUUUCACCUCGUUAUAAUUAACUCCCCAAAAAAAAACGAUUUGAAAGUCCAACAAAAGAUGUAUCAUUCCUAGUGAAUUUUGGAAAAAAAAAUUAGCUAAUAUAAUUUCCUAAUUUUUAAUUAUUUUAAUGACAUUUUGUUGGUGUUCUUUCCUAAGGGAAAUGAUUCUUCUCCCAUCGAAUUCAAACCACAACUCCCUUGCAAUAAUUCAUAAGACUUUUUAAAAAAAAAUGAAUAAAAUAUUAACGUUUAAAUUUUAAAAUUGAAUUCCCCACACCAGCUCUGCCCCCCCCCUUUUUUUUUUGUGUCAUAAAAGCCAACCGCAUGUUGGUUGCACUUCUUCACUUUAGUCAUACGAUCAAAAAAGUGAACCCCAAUCACUGACGCAGAGGAUUCGCAGGUAGUCAGAGGAUCAUUUCAAUUACGAGAGAGCCAUCGCACGGGAGCGAUGUUUUCCUGCGUAAUGUUUUUGCCGUCCGUCAUGUCGUGUGCCGUCGUAGUCCCACAACUGAUGUUUGUUUUUUUUACCACCGAGGCACGAAAGUUACCCAUGAAAUCAUUAACGGGGCACAAAUUAGUGCAUCCUUUUUUCAGGGUAAUAGUAAAGUACUAACUCCAGCAAUAACGUGUACCUGGUGUCGUGCAAUAAGGUUAUCUAGCUUUGACGGUCGAAGUCAUGGCUCCAGUCGCGAUCCACCAAUUCAUUUUAAUCCACCGGAGAUCAAACAUACUUGCGUGACGUCACAUUGGUUCGAUUCAAGUUUGUUGAAAAACCAAGAAUUGUAAGGCUUGACAACCGCGAUGGACGUACCCCAUGAUCCAAGCCAAGGAGCCAUGACGUCAAAAGAAUAAGACACGUCUGAAACUGAAAGCUCAUCCAGUGGUGCAAUACUAGCAAGAUAUGACCCGGCGUCACCGGGAGAAUUAUGGAAGGUGUUUUGCGAUAAUUUAUAACUGCUAUUGCGAAUUCAUAAGAUCUAAAUAUCUAGUUUUCAUGGAUAUGACUGAACAUAAUAAUCACGGGCGAUAAUAUUCCAGACCAUUGAAAUAUGUAUCUUGCAAAUAGAAUUUCCUCGUUUCAAAAGAAGUAUCUAUGCAAGGAUGGUACCCGGGUGCGAAUAGCCGAUUCGUAUUUAAAAAUCGAUUCGUUUUUUAACCGUCAUAAGGAUACUCAAAUUCUAAUAUAUAUAUAUAUAUAUAUAUAUAUAUACAUCUAUAUAUAUAUCUAUCUCUCUCUCUCUCUCUCUCUCUCUCUAUAUAUAUAUAUAUAUAUAUAUAUAUAUAUAUAUAUAUAUAUAUAGAGAGAGAGAGAGAGAGAGAUAGAUAUAGAUAGGUAGAUAGAUAGAUAGAUAGAUAGAUAGAUAGAUAGAUAGAUAGAUAGAUAGAUAGAUAGAUAGAUAGAUAGAUAGAUAGAUAGAUAGAUAGAUAGAUAUAUAGAUAGAUAGAUAGAUGGAUAGAUGGAUAGAUGGAUAGAUGGAUAGAUGGAUAGCUGGAUAGAUGGAUGGAUGGAUGGAUGGAUGGAUGGAUGGAUGGAUGGUUGGAUAGAUGAAUGGAUGGAUAGAUGGAUGGAUGGAUAGAUGGAUGGAUGGAUAGAUAUAUGGAUGGAUAGAUAUAUGGAUGGAUGGAUGGAUGGAUAGAUAGAUGGAUGGAUAAAUAGAUGGAUGGAUGGAUAGAUGUAUGGAUGGAUAGAUGGAUAAAUAGAUGGAUGGAUAAAUAGAUGGAUGGAUGGAUAGAUGGAUGGAUGGAUAGAUGAAUGGAUGGAUAGAUGGAUGGAUAGAUAUAUGGAUGGAUGGAUGGAUGGAUAGAUAGAUGGAUGGAUGGAUAGAUGGAUGGAUGGAUAGAUGGAUGGAUGGAUAGAUGGAUAAAUAGAUGGAUGGAUAAAUAGAUGAAUGGAUGGAUAGAUGGAUGGAUGGAUCGAUGGAUGGAUGGAUGGAGGAAUAGAUGGAUGUAUGGAUAGUUGGAUGGAUGGAUAGAUGGAUGGAUAGAUGGAUGGAUAAAUAGAUGGAUGGAUGGAUAGAUGUAUGGAUGGAUAGAUGGAUAAAUAGAUGGAUGGAUAAAUAGAUGGAUGGAUGGAUGGAUGGAUAGAUGGAUAGAUGGAUAGAUAGAAACACGUGAUACCCACAUAUAUAAAACCGGGGAAUUGAAAGCGAGACAGAGACUGAUUGAUAGAUAUGUUUAACUCUACGAGACAAGUGUAUCAUUCUUUGUUUACUCAUAUGUGUUUAUUCGCAUUCAUCAUUGUGCCUUAUUUUUGUGGCACAUUUCACCGUGUUCCGGUACAAGACUUCUCAUACUCUGUUAGUUGGUGAUUUGUAAUUAUAUUUCUUUUUGUUUUGUAAUUAUAUUCAUGCUUAAAUAAAUCUUAUUAAUUGUAAUUAAUGCUGUUUAGGGUGUCGUAUUUUUGCUAUUGUAUUUUCUCUAUGGUAUCAAUCUUUGUUAGGCACUGUUUACAACGAGCCAAUUCAUUAAAAUAACCGAUUAAUUUCUCACUAUAGAAGGCAGUGCGUGACAAUGUUGACAAGCUCAUCUUCAGAGAAAAGCCCGUCACAGCUGGGGGCGUUCACAGCAUAGUACCGUUUUGUUUUCACGCCAUCGUUGCGCUUGAUUUAUGCUCUAGAAAAGUACGAGCAGCUUAAAUGUCUAGGACGCAUGAUAAUAUAAUGAUAUAAUAUAAUGAUAGCUAUCCUACUUGAGAAUUCAGUAAAUAUUUUUUUACAUGAAUCUUUAGAUCAGACUCCCCAAGUUAUUUUCUCUCUACCACACGCACACACACCACACAAAAAAAAAAAAAAUAGCAAAAAAAAAACAAACAAAAAAAACAAAACGCGUGGCUGCUUGGCCUUGUCAAUGAACUAGAGAAUGGGGAUGUCUGGGGGGGGGGGCAAAUUUUCCCUAAUGAACUUGUCAUAAUUAAUGUCCGUUUAAUGGCCGCCCGGGGGACGAAAACUGGCUCAGCGGCAAUGAUUUAUAUCUUGCUGUAUUAUCCCCGGCCCCCCUCCCGCCCUCUGGUCAAAUCAAAUUGACUUUCAUCUCUGCGCGUCCCUGACGAGGGGCAAGGCUGGUCUUUUGUGUCCUUGUCCAGUGAGACGUCUGCAUCCACACCGAUUUUGGCCAUGGGCUUCAUGUCCAAUGGUUCCCAAAAAGAAUGCGUUCAUGUCCUGUGAGACAAUGCAUUAAAAAGAGAAAAUACAGCUUGCCACGUCAAAGCAGCAGAGGUUCUCAAAUGUCUGAUUAAAGCUGUCCCAAAUUAGCAGUAUGGUGGUUUGUGUCUGAAAAAUAGUUUAAUCUUCAUACAUUGCUGCACUGAAGAUUACUUGGCUCGUGCCCCCCCCCCCAAUGAAGGAACAACAAACAGCACCCAACGAACAGCUUCAGUUACGCCAUUAAAAAAAUAAUAACCAGCAAUUAACACUAGUUUUCACAAAUUCAGAUUUAUUUAUUGAGAAGAUCGUUGCCUUUUAAAAACGCGCCCGUUACAGCCUGUAUGAUAUCUUAAACAUUUAACAAUCUGCAGUGUUACAUAGUUACGUAGCCGUUAAAUGUUUGGCAAAUUUAAUCCCUUCAAAGAUAUGCCACGUCAGAUUAACAAUGCAUAUCAAAUGACUGAAAAACAGUACACAAAAAAAACUAUACUAUUGCAAGUAAUUAAUGAUACUAAUUAAGUUGAUAUUAAACAUACAAUAUAAAAUACCGUACAUCGAGAAAUAAUUUUUUAAAAAAACCUAUAUAAUAACUUACAGCACGGAAUCUUGAAAUCUUUAAUAUUAGAGAGUUACAAAUAGUAAUCAACACAGACGGGUAAAAAAAUUUUUAGUAUGUCUUGUAGGGCUUCUGUAAGUCUGAUAAGUCUCAUUAAAUUGUCUGCCGGUCACAGUCGUCAGUCGUACGUAUAGUGAGUGAGUCAGAACCCACCAGAAUAGAAAGAGCAAAGAUUCAAUGUAGACCCAUAUGAAAACGUAAACAAACUUUUCCCAAUCAAGGGAAGUGGGGAGGGGGGUUGGGGGGAAGGAGAGGUGGAGUUAAUUGAUGACGUCAGCAACAAACACAAAAAAAAAAAAACAACAAAGGAGAGAGGCAAAGAUGCAGAAGACCACGCCCCGUGGUAAACAAAAUAAAAACCUGGUCGACACACGGGCUUUAACAACAGAGUCAUUGUUUCGUUCACCACAAACCCGGUCAUUGAUUGUUCUCAAAAUGACUCUAGGCCUGUGGGUUUUAUUUGAUAUAACUCAACCGACUAUCAAGCCAAUACAUUUAGAAUUUUUUUCUUCGUGUCCAUAUUUAUAAAUUUCUUUUUCUUCUUCCCCCCAAAAAGAAAGUCCAUUUACAUAAUCUGGAUCAAACAAAAUGGCAAAGUUCGACCACCCUCGACAAUGAAAUAAUGGACAAAACAGCAAACAAUUUCGAACCCCCCCCCCCGCUCACCAACAUCACAUCCGGUCUAAACUCAUAGUGACUCAAUUACAUAAUCUGGAUCAAACAAAAUGGCAAAGUUCGACCACCCUCGACAAUGAAAUAAUGGACAAAACAGCAAACAAUUUCGAACCCCCCCCCCCCGCUCACCAACAUCACAUCCGGUCUAAACUCAUAGUGACUCAAGUAUUUUAGGUGUCCCUAGUGUUAUCUGACAAUCCCGAGGAACCCUCCUGGUUCGGACGUUAUCGUCUGCCGGACCCAAUCAAUACAUUUCUACCAGAAUGCGGAGAUAGCUUUGAUCACUUUCUCGUCUGCUUCGCUCUCAAAUGAAUUAGAAGACACGGGAAUCUUGGAAGGAAAAAAAUUGAAUUUUGUGUGUUCGUUGGGUCAGCUCAAUUUCGAUAUUGUCUUUCUGCGUGAAGGCUAAUGUAUUGGUUUGAAAUGUUCGAAUAACAAAACAAAUAGGUGGACCGAUUUAAAAACAAAAAAAAAUAUUAUAAAGUAGUACGAAAUUAUCCAAAGUGUUACAAAAUUUUUGAGUUUUUAAGACUAACAAAAUGGAGUAUUUUGCAGCACACAAACAUUAAAAAGUUAUCCAUGUUUAAAAUUCAUGUUGCUGGAUAAUUUUUUCUAAUAAUAAUCUUUGAAGUGAGAGUGUUAGCGUGCAAAUAAAUCGUUAAAGUAGAUUAAUUAGAUACAAAAGGGUGUGUACGUAAACUAAUGUAUGUUCCUGGGAGUAAGCAGGUGGUAAAAACAAAGACGGUGAGAAAACCAAAAAAAAAAAAAAAAGGGGGGGGGGAGGGCAGGGGAAAAAAACAAAAAAAAAGACGGUGAAAAAAACAAAAAAAAAAAAAAAGGGGGGGGGGAAGACGGUGGUAAAACAAAGAAGGUGGGAAAACAAAGACGGUGGAAAAACAAAGACGAUGGAAAACAAAGACGUUAGGAAAACAAAGACGAUGGGAAAACAAAGAAAGUUGGGACGGUGGGAAAACAAAUACGGUGGGAAAACAUAUAAUGGAAAAACAAAGAUGGUUGGAAAACAAAGAUGGUUGGAAAACAAAGACGGUGGGAAAACAUAGACGAUGGGAAAACAAAGACGGUGGGAAAACAUAGACGAUGGAAAACCAAGACGGUUGGAAAACAAAGAUGGUUGGAAAAAAAGAAGGUGGGAAAACAAAGACGGUGGGAAAACAUAGACGAUGGGAAAACAAAGACGGUUGGAAAACAUAGACGAUGGGAAAACAAAGAAAGUUGGGAAAACAAAGACGGUGGGAAAACAAAGAAGGUGUAUGUGGACUUUUCUCACAAAAAGAAAAAUGAUGUCAAAUAUAACAAGACAAUCACUUGUAUCUAUGACUGAUGGCUCAAGAGGACGAGGGAGAUACAAAAACACAAGGAGAAGAGAGGAGGACAAAGAUUUAGCAAAGACUGGAACGAAUCAGAGAUGGUUGCUCGGGACUGGACGGCUUGGAAAUAAAUUGUUAAUGGCCUAUGCUCUACGGACAGUUGAAAGAAAUUGUUAAUGGCCUAUGGUCCACUGGAUAUUGAAAUAAAUUAUAAAUGACCUAUUCUCUACUGGGGUUUGAAAAGACAUGUUGAGGACUUAUGUUCUACUUGGAGUUAACAGAAUUUGUUGAUGACCUACGCUCCACUGAGAUUUGAAAGAAAUUGUUAAUGACCUAUGCUAUACUGACAGUUGAAAGAAAUUGUUAAUGACCUAUGCUAUACUGACAGUUGAAAGAAAUUGUUAAUGACCUACUCUAUACUGACAGUUGAAAGAAAUUGUUAAUGACCUAUGCUAUACUGACAGUUGAAAGAAAUUGUUAAUGACCUACUCUAUACUGACAGUUGAAAGAAAUUGUUAAUGACCUAUGCUAUACUGACAGUUGAAAGAAAUUGUUAAUGACCUAUGCUAUACUGACAGUUGAAAGAAAUUGUUAAUGACCUAUGCUAUACUGACAGUUGAAAGAAAUUGUUAAUGACCUAUGCUAUACUGACAGUUGAAAGAAAUUGUUAAUGACCUUUGCUAUACUAACAGUUGAAAGACAUUGUUAAUGACCUAUGCUAUACUGACAGUUGAAAGAAAUUGUUGAUAGCAUAAUGCUCUUCCAAGGGUUGUAAAGCCAUAAAAAAGAAGAAGAGCAUUCUUGGCUCUCAAAAUAAUUAAAAUAAUUUUACUACAAAUUAUCAAGAUGAACUCAUUCCAGCACUAAUCUAUGGCAUGUUUCUGACAUUUAAUAAUGACCAGUUGUCUUUUUUUUUUUUAAAAUAUGACCAGCGAGCUUCCUUGCAUUUGAUCAGUCACACCAUACUAAUGACCGUGCUGAUAUUCGACCAUCGAACUCUCGGAUUUGACCACCAGCUAAUGCGAGCUAAUCGUUGAAAAAGCAAACCGUUGACCAGCGGUCACUCGAAAUAAUGACCAGCGGUCUUUAUACAUGCUACCACCUACUGACCUACCUGCUAACCUCCGCAAAAACUCUUGAACGCUGAGGGACAGUCAGAUCAUGACGACACAUUCUGCAUUAAUCAAUGUUAGGUCAUCUAACAAAUAAAAUAACAAAACAUUCCGUUUGACGAUCGCAUUAAAAAAAACCCGCUUCAAUACAGUUGAUACAUAUAUAAAUAUAUACCAUGGUAUAUAUAGUUCGGGCACCAUCAAAACGAUACAACUUGCUCUUGGCUGCUGGCAGUAAAUAUAUUUUUGAAAACCUAGUAUAGGUCUGAACCCAUCAAUAGGAUACAACUUGCUGCCCGGCUCGUAGUCAAGAUGUCUAGAUCGUCCGGCCGCGUUCACCCGCUCAGAGCCGCCGACGUGCGAAUCUCAGACGGACACUUGGCCAAAGUGGCCUGGACAGACAAGAUGGCGACCGGACGAGGCAAAAGGACGAGUGGUGGUUUGGGGGGGGGGGUAUUAUUUAAUCUUCCGCGUCCUGUCCAGUUCUGCAUUGAUUCCUUGUAGACCAGUAUCCGUGUGUCACCGGAGCCCGGCCGUGGCGUGAAUAGAAUCUUGACCUGUUUAGUGAGGAGAUAGAUAGUUAUGAGAUAGAUAGUUAGGAGAUAGAUAGUUGAACACGACGGAGACUCAGCUGCAUUGACGUAUGCUCACCAAAAAUAGAGAAGAAUGUUUCUUUUUUUUUUUUUUUUUUUUUUUGCCUCAUAGGAAAUACGAAAGAAUACGAAUUUUGACUUAUCUGAAAAUAUCAAAGGGAGAAAUUUCUCCUUUGAUAAAUAUAAUUAAUCUUAAAACCUCAACAUCACACAUUUCUUCUUCUUAUAAUAUGGUAUUACGGGGUAUAUUAAUUUCAAACUAUUUGAUUUUUAAUAUAUAUAUAUAUAUAUAUAUAUAUAUAUAUAUAUAUAUAUAUAUAUAUGAAUUAAAUUCAAGGCUUAAUUGGCUUAAUCUCUGAAAUUAAGUAUUCACUUUUAAAUUCAUAUGUUCUAAAAAGUGAGGUUGAGGUAUUAUUGAGUUUUUACUACGUAUAUUUGUAAACGUUUUUUUUUUUUUUUUAAUGUCAGAAAAAUGUAUACGAGACGUAAGACUGUACAAUGUGCAAAGUAAGGUUUCCUUUCAGUAGAAAAUAUAUACUUGACAAUGGUGUCCCAGAUCACAUCCUCAUUCAGGCCCGGUUAACUUUCCUUUUUAUUUAUUUUUUAAUGUAAAGGGUUAUGGGCCUUUCUGUUCCAGUGUUCCGAUUGGUUCAGUGAACUUUUUUUAAAUUUUUAGUGUAGACUUCACACUAACUUGCAUUUUAAAACCAUGAAUUAUUAUGUACCAGAAAACGAUUGUUUGAUCUAUUAACAUUGAACAAAAAUGAUGAUCAUUGAUUAAAAGAAAAGUUUUGUAAGCCUGCUCAGUUGGCAUUGAUGUAUGAGUGAGGGCUUUGACGGGAAGAAUGUCAUUGUAUGUUCUGUGGUUGUCGCGCUACCAGUUCCUAAAUCAUUUAGUAAAUGCAUGCCAUUUUAUCAGACAUGUUCCUUGAAAAAUGAUCGUUAAAAAAAAAAAAGAAGAACACGGGAAUGUUAACCGAUGUGAUAACUCAGAUGGUUACAACCCUCUUCUUCAAGUAAAGAAAAUUGUUUUUCGGAGUGUGUGGAAGGAAAGAGGGAAAGAGGGGGUGAAGGGGGGGGGUUUCAGAAAGCUAAAAGAAAUGAUUUUCAAAUAAGUUAAUUACGCUUGUGUGUACAAGAUCUACGAGCUGUCAUUAGAAGUUAUGUCAUUGUCAAUGUCACUGUUAUGUCAUUGUUGUGUCACUGACAUGUCACUGUUAUGUCAUUGUUAUGUCAUUGUUAUGUCACUGUUAUGUCAUUGUCAUGUCAUUGUUAUGUCACUGUUAUACAAUUGUUCUAUGUCACUGUAAUGUCAUUGUUUAUGUAACUGUUAUGUCAUAAUUAUGCCAUUUUUAUGUCAUUUACAUAAUCUCCGACCAUUUUUAGAUACGGUACUUAACAAUGUUUUUUUUUUCCCUUGAAUAUAAAUCUUGAAAAUCGAUGCCCCAGUAACGCAGCUUCUGUACGACGUUCCCAGUGAAUGCCGCUGACGAAUUCACGUCAUGGUCAGUGCGCACGUCAUGGUCAAUGGACUCCAUAGUUAAUGGGCACCAUAGUCAAUGCGCACCAUAGUCAAUGCGUACCAUAGUCAAUGUGCACCAUAGUCAAUGCGCACCAUAGUCAAUGCGCACCAUAGUCAAUGUGCACCAUAGUCAAUGCGCACCAUAGUCAAUGCGCACCAUUGUCAAUGUGCACCAUAGUCAAUGCGCACCAUAGUCAAUGCGCACCAUAGUCAAUGCGCACCAUAGUCAAUGCGCACCAUAGUCAAUGUGCACCAUAGUCAAUGCGCACCAUAGUCAAUGUGCACCAUAGUCAAUGCGCACCAAGCUGGAUGUUAACUUUAUACAUUUUUUUUUGUUGCCAUGGCAUUUUCUUUGUUUUGUUUGUGGUGUAAUCUUGCAUCCCAGUUUCGACCAUCUUCCCGAGGUCCAGUUGAGCUGAAAAUUGUACACUUACCCAACCACCACCAUCCCCAUGACCAUAUAUAAAAAACUCUAAUGUUCAAUGCGUCACAUUUGACCUCUUAUCAUCCUUGAGGGAUCCCUAUCUUGCAAUCUUAAUCUGGACCCACUUCGUGGAGUCUAAAAUGAGCUGAAACUUAGUACACCAGUGACCUCCACUGACCCUUAAGUGACCUUAAGAUAUCUCGUGAACUUUAAGUGAUAAGAACAUCGGGUUUCCCCGUCAGCGUUUCCCUAUGCAUGGUUGACCGUUCCCGAUAUCAAUCAACGAUGAGAGAUCAAACUUUUUGCCGCGGAAAGGUCGCCACUGACUAAAAGAAAAAGCUUGAGAUGCCCAGAAAUACAAUGACGUCUUGUGACUUGAAGAAUACAACUUCGUACGGUAAGACGUGUGUACAAGAUUCUCCCAGCGAUCGUGAUCUCGACUAGCGGAAUGAAAUUAGCGAUACCGUUGCGUGCGUGUCUUUGCGAUCUGUUAAGACCAUUGAGUUCAUGGGCGACCCAAUUAAAAAAAAAAAAAAAAUUAUAAAAACAUUUUUUUAAUAGACACAUAACUGUAAAACCUCUGAACCUAUGGGGGGAAAUUUGCUUAAUAAACCUUAGUUCAUUUUGGGAAAAGCGUGUUUUCUAUAAAGUAUUUCUUAGAAUGUAUUUUCCAGGAAGUAUUUUUUAAAAGUACUGUAUUAUUUGUAAUAUUUUUCUUAAUUUUUCACAAGGUAUCGGUGAGCGAAAAUUGUCGGCGCUUGUGGUGACAUUCUCCAAGUCUCUAAAUAUUUACUGAGAUACAUUCUGUUGGAAUAACACAUACGAAUAAAUGUACCAAAUGUUAGUGUUAGGAUAUUUUGGAAAUGGGCCAGGUGUCUACGCGUGAAACUGUGUCUAAAACUGUCUUUUCUCCUUUCUACCCCCCCCACCCACCCUCUGUCACCCCCACCUCAACCCACUCCCCACUUUGGUUGUCCCGUUAAAACGAUCAGCUCUAAUUGGCAGGGGAAGAAUUGGAAAAGGAAAUGUCCCCGUCCCCCCGCUCCCAUGUCGUUACGGCACUCAGCUCCUCAGCAAAACAGCAUUACCCCACCCCACCUUCUUUCAUGUCGAGUCGCACCUCAUCAGGGGCGCGACGGCCCUCCUUCAUCUGCCCACUCACGUCAACCGUCUGUGAGGCCGGUCCCCCACCUCUCAGGCCAGAGGAGGUGAGGGCAGUGGUCAAGGGAAGAACUCUCAGCCCACACUCCAAGCCGAGACAUGCUUCAUGGAGACCCGCUUCCUGCCUUCUCGGGGACCUCUUGUCUAUUAGCUCGAGAUUAGUACUCCUGGGUUCAAAGGGCCUUCUUUCUGAGGUGAGGGCGCCUGUGACGAAGAUUGUUGAGGAAAGAAUUGAAAAUUUUAAAAAAGAAAAAUAAUAAUAAUUAGAAGAUAAUGAGCAGUUGGAUAGGAAAUACCUUAUUGCAGGCGCGGGGGGUGGGGUGGUGGAGAGAAUGUUUUUUUAGACGUGAUUGGACUCGCUUUCUUUCUCUCUCUCUAUACUUCCCGCUCUGAUUACUUCACUGUCCCAGUUUCUCGCUUCGUUUCUUAAUAUUUCUUCCUCCCUUUCUCCUUUUGUCACGCGCUCUCUCUCUCUCUCUCCAUCCACCUCUCCCCUGUUUCCCCCCCUCAGUCUCCACUCUUACCUCCCUCUCUCCCCUCCACUCACUCCCCUCUCUCCCCUCAUUCCUCUUUCGCGUUCUCCUGUCCACACUCUCCCUUCACUCCUCUCCUCUGCCUCUAUCUCCCAUCGCUCCCUCUCCUCUCUCUAUCCAACGAAAUGGCACGAUUCAACUAUCUAGACAUUUUGUAGAACAAAGUCAGACACAAUCAUCAUUUUAUGGUCGGGAAAUGAUCACGCAUUUUUCUCUGGUGAGCGCAAUGUCAGGCGUAAUAAUUUACGGCCUGUGCUAGCUACGUCAUAAAAUUCACUUAUCAAGGAUAAAAACACACAUAUUUUUAUCUUUAAAUACAUAAGGGACGAUUGGGAUUUCGAUAUGUUUUAAGCUAUCUCAGUAAUGUCCUUUAUCAUUUCAUAUCAAUGCACAUAUUCUAUUUUCGUAUUAUUGAUCAUAUUAUCUUUUCAUAUUGUUGCACAUAUUCUUUUUCUUAUCAAUGCAGAUAUUCUGUUUUCGUAUUAUUGAUCAUAUUCUCGUUUCUUAUCAAUGCACAAAUUCUCUGUUACGCACUGACUUGUAUUGGGAGAAAUCAAGCUCCCAUUUUAAAUGUAUGGCUCAUUCAAACAGUUCCUAACAAAGGACGAUACUAUAGAAAAUAAAAUAACAAAAGUACGACACCCAAAACAGUACCAAUUACAAUUAAUAAGAUUUAAUUUAGCAAUAAUACAAUUAUAAACAAAAGAAAUAUAAUUACAAAUCAUCAGCUUUCAGAGUAUGGUAGAACUGGUACCGGUACACAAUUAGUACAAUGUGCCAAUGAAUGAAGAAUGCAAAUAAACACAAAUAAGCAUACAAAGAAUGAUACACGUCUCGUUGGGUUAAAAAUAUCUAUCAAUCUAUCUGAAUCUCUCUGAAUCUCCGACCCUCUGUGCCUGUCAAUCCUUUAUAUAUGUGGGUCUACCGACGCUCCUAGAAACGCCUUUACUUUUCCAGAACAGAUCGAGAACCUUCCCUAAGACGCAAGUAUGCAUACUAACCAUACGUCAGUUGUAAACAAGAUACAUCAAAGAGAAUUUAAACCACUCCCACAACAAACGCUGCCGUCUGCUACGAGAUCUAAUUUAGGUCAAAGCAAAGUUCACGCACGGGGAUUGUGUGCUACAUAACAUUCUCUUUUCGUAUUAUUGAUCAUAUUCUCUUUUCAUAUCAAUGCAAAUAUUCUCUUUCGUAUUUUCGUUGUUAUUAAAGUAAAUAUUUAACAAAUGUAUGAUAUUUAUAUUUCGCUAUGAUAACAGAGAGAGCUCCAAGACGCUACGCACCUCGGUAAGCCACCUUAGGUUGUGACCGCGUAGAUAGCUCGGAUGUCGGCCUGUUAAUAAAAAAAUAAAUAAGACAUCAUGACACGCUAUAACAGGAUUGUGUAAAAACUCACAGUAACGUACACACUUUGGGGUGUACUGGUUAUAAGCACAGCUCGCUAUAAAAGGCAUGAUGUUAAUGUACUGGGUGUGAUGCUACCUUGUACUGUACUGGGUGUGAUGCUACCUUGUACUGUACUGGGUGUGAUGCUACCUUGUACUGUACUGGGUGUGAUGCUACCUUGUACUGUACUGGGUGUGAUGCUACCUUGUACUGUACUGGGUGUGAUGCUACCUUGUACUGUACUGGGUGUGAUGCUACCUUGUACUGUACUGGGUGUGAUGCUGCCUUUUACUGUACUGGGUGUGAUGCUACCUUGUACUGUACCGGGUGUGAUGCUACCUUUUACUGUACUGUGAUAGUUGAUAUCUUGUAUUGUACUCGGUGUGAUGCUAUCUAGUACUGAACUAGGUGUGAUGAUACCUUGUACGGCACUGGGUGUAAAACUAUCUUGUACUGUACUUGGUGUGAUGCUACCUUGUACUGUACUAGGAUAGUUGCUAUCUUGUAUUGUACUGAGUGUGAUGCUAUCACGUAUGUACUGGGUGUGAUGCUAUCUUGUGCUGUACUGGGUGUGAUGAUAACUUGCUCUAUACUGAAUUCGAUGCCACAAAUUGAACAGUACUCGGUGCGAUGCCAUCUAGUACUGAACUGGGUGUGACGAUACCUGGUACGGCACUGGGUGUAAAUCUAUCUUGUCCUGCACUGGGUAUGACACUACCGUGUACUCUUCUGAGUGUGAUGCUACCUUGCACUAAGCGCCCUUUAUUGACCAGCCAGGCAUUGCUACCGUCGAUAGCUUAAAGUCGUCCCGUAUGGUCAGAGGAAACAGGUCCUAAACACAAGAUGGAACCACGCUGACGUCUCAUUGCCUUGAUUUCCUUUGCACUGGCGAAAGAUUAGAGCGUUUCAAGUUCCAAGAACUCUUUCUUGAUCAAAGCUUGAUAAUUGUAUUGUUACGCCUGAUGUGCCCGAUUUGCGGAGCGUUAAUUUGUUCAAAAGCGUUAGUGUGUUCGCUACUGCGCUAGAUUUUCGUUCACUUCUUAUGUUUUAAAAAAUUGCUUGUGAAAACAUCGUAUAAAAUCCACCAGCUUAAGCGAAUUAAUCUUAAAUCAAUGAAUCACCUCUUUUGUUAACAAAUUUCGUCUGUUUUGUUCACAAAUUUCAUCUUUUCUUUUCACAAAUGUGUCCGACUUUAAAAAAAAAAAUUGUUGUUGUCGUUUAUAGUUUAAUUGGAGUAAAAGUUAACAACGCACACUCCGCAUCACAUAGUCUGCGGGUCUCAUACUAGGCUACCGUUUCGUCCCAGCAACUUUGUGACGUAUUCACGAGUUGGAAAAACAUGUGUAGAAAACCUGUUAGAGGACGUCUGACGCUACCCUCGGGGUGUGAAAGUGGGGGUGUAUAUUUUAGGACGCAAUAUAUCCAACCCCAGUCAUUGCAGGUGUUGCGAGAGAAGGACUAGCAACCGACCACGGGCUCUUUGGUUAAUGUUGCCCCCACUUGCAUGGUCGAUCGGGUGAAAGGCAGAUGAGGGGAUGUCUCAGCGGCCGAGUGAUUGCGACGUGCAGCUUCGCGGCCCGAAUUUUACCUUUUUCGUGUUGGUUAGUGUCUACUGACCUAUAAAUCCACGGCUUACUGAUUUUCUUCAUGAAAUUACAUCAUUCCGCGGGGAUCGGGGUAGAUCAUGUUUGAUAAAUUUACAUUUUGAAAGGGGAAAUAUUCAGAACCUUUUUCAGGUGCGAGUUUCAUUAAAAGUCAAAUGUCUCCACUGCAAGUACUGUACAUUUUAUAUCGCUUUGUUUCACCAGUUAAACAUAGAAAUAUUUUAGUUUUAUAGUAAGGUUGGCUUAUAGGCUGGUUGGCUGGUUUUUUUGUAUGGGUUUUAUUUGGUGAGUGGGGGUAUUUUUCAGACGCUCGGUAACAGAUGCAAUUUUUGUUUCCAUUUGACGUUUCCCUGGAUCAUGUCCAAUCCGGGGGAAAACCUCUCACGGGCUGCGAAUUUCCAUAUGGGACGUAAACACGUCAUCAACCCCUCGUAACUUAUAUUAUUAUCUCCGCCAAAUGAUUUAUUAACGGGCUUGAUAAAGAAGAGUCGGCUACUGAGGACCUUUCGGUAUUGAGAGUAUGCCGCCACGGAAAUAGCGAUGGCUCUUCGUCUUAUAUUUGAGGGCCCCCACGGUCAGUUCGUUGACCAUUCUGGCUUCUGGUUUUGAAGUCAUUUGCCUUCUCUUUAGAUGGGUUGCCGUCCAAAUGCUAACCGGGUCCCAUCCACCCGGGGUGCUUUGGGUGUUGACUUUGAUGGGGAUUGAACUCCAGAUCACCUGAUAUUUGGUUUGAGUCAGUUUCGACCGCUCGGCAACCCAGCACCCGUGGUUACUCUAUGGCAGGGGUCACCAAACCUUUUUUUUUUUUUUACACAUUGGGGCGGAAAACUGACUUAAUGACGAGCACGGGGCCGCGCCUGGGAGCCGGGGGAGGUGCGGUGGGUGUGUGUGCGUUGCCAUGAUAACCAUGGAAACCACGGUAACAUCAGACCUUUUUUUUUUUUUUACACAUUGGGGCGGAAAACUGACUUAAUGACGAGCACGGGGCCGCGCCUGGGAGCCGGGAGAGAUGCGGUGUGUGUGUGUGCGUUGCCAUGAUAACCAUGGAAACCACGGUAACAUCAGAGCCUUUGCGGAACUACAACGAGCCUGGGGAAUGACUUGGGAUGACGCGAAAUGAGCUAACGUUAUAACAAGAAACAAGAAAAAUCUAGAAACUGUAAUUUAAAAUUAACAACUGUUAAGUUUAAGGCGCAUUCCAAUGCCGUCGGCGGGCCUGAUGAACUGACGUCGUGGGCCAGAUCCGAGCCGCGAGCGGUAGUUUGGUGACCUUGCUCUAUUGCGCGGGUGUGCGUGAAUUCAACCCGUACACAGAGCGCACACAGCAACAAAGAAGGAGUCGCACAUUUAAAAAAGAAAAAUGAAUGUCCACAUUAACUUCAUCUCCAUUCUUUCGAUUUUGCUAAAAUAACCCAAAUAUGUCUGAACCUAUUGAUCUCUCAAAUUUGUAUUAAAUCUUGAAUAGAAAUUUAACAAAACUGUGCUUUAAGAAUUUCAUUUUAUAAGAAAGGUUAAAAUUUUCUUCAGAGACCAUGAGAUAAGUACAUUUCUUUUUUAAAACCCGUCGAAACAACUCAAAUUAGGACGUGGUCCAGACUUCCAGGGAGUCUAAAGAUCACUUUAAAAUGGGCCCCUGACCUGGGUGGGGUAAGCAGCCUGAUGAAAACCAGGUAUUAACCCCCCACACCCUGUGUGAGAGCCUGGAGGUCAAGGUUAAUUAGUUAUUUUAAUCCGUACCAUCAGACCCGGAGUUAUCUUGGGGGUUGUAAGAUAAUAAGUAUCACAUGCCAUGGGUUUGAUACGACCCUAAACGAAAACACCGACGUAGCUGUACCCUGAUAGAUGACGGUCUGAGAGAUGAUAGAUCGUCCUUGGCUUUAUAGUUUGUCGUAAGUAAGUUGGCAGACUAAUGGCAACUUGACGUGACAAAUGUCCGAUACCAUUUCGAUAUAAAAUUGUAAAGUAUCGAUACGUUUUGAUACACUUAAUAGAUAGGUAAGAUUCGAUAUUCAUAAUUGAAAGAACCACAUACUAUAUGGAUAAAUUUGCUGCAUUUAGUUGACAUAGUUGCUAGUUGUUGUUUGUGUGUGUGUGUGUGUUUUUUAUCAUCUUAAAUUGAAAUUAAAUUCUUCAAGCUGAAUUGAGGCGGACCUCUUUUUUAACCAAUUUUUUAAAUAACCAACAAUGUAGAAACCCGCAUCAACUACAUAACCGAGACCCACCAAACUAGGAGACCCACACAUACCACACGUCGAGACCAACACACUAGGAGACCCACACAUACCACAUACCCAGACCCACCAAAGUAUUAGACCCCAAUCCCCCAAACCAUGUACCAAGCACAAUCAAAGAUGAUCCCAUACUCUUGUAAACCAACAUCCUGAGAAGACCUAGCAAUGUAGAAGACCUUCAUUCCUCCUCGAAACCCUAUUCUCCAAACGAUCAAGGUAGAAGACACCCCCCCACCCCCACAAUCCCCAUUUCGAGAACCACCGAUCGCCCAAUCGUGCGACCUCCUCCCCACAUGCCGCGAAAAAACAAAAAGCCGGCUGCUUGAAAUUUAAAGGGGCAGAACGAAGAAGGGAAAACAAAAAUAUGAGCGUUUAGUAAAACAUCGGUCGAGGAUUAAUGUCCCCUGCUUUGUCAAUCUCAUUUCGCGGGAAUAUUUCAAUUGUGGCUCGACAUUCCCAAAGAUUACAUUGAUGGAGAAGUUUUCCGCCCCCCCCCCAAAGCGUCUGACCGCAUAAUCCGCAGAUGUAAUUGCAUAACGUGAUUACUUGGGUCAUAAAAUCAGUCACCGGCUGGCGAAGGAAUAUGGAUUUCUUUCAUAAUGAAGAUUCCCCACUCCCAUCCCCCCAUACAGGCCGGAAUAAUUUUGGGGCCUCCUUUUUCCCCCAUCUAGAUGAGAUAAUUGCAUAUUAUCUACUCAUAAUGUCAUCCUAAUGCAAACAAUAUUGUUGUGUUCCUUGUUCUGUGGUAAUGAAAUAUGUUUUGUUCAAAACCCAAUCGGGAGACGAUGGAAUAUUUUUCAAGUCAUGGGAAGAUGUAUACCUUUUGUGUCCAGUCAUAGGAAAGUGUAUACCGUUUUGUCCAGUCAUAGGAAAAUAUAUACCUUUUGUGUCUAGUCAUAGGAAAAUGCAUACCUUUUGUGUCUAGUCAUAGGAAAGUGUAUACCUUUUUUUGUCUAGUCAUAGGAAUAAGUACACCUUUUUUUUACUAGUCCUAGGAAAAUGUAUACCUUUUUGUCUCGUCAUAAUAACAUGUAUACCUUCAUUUUCUAGUUAUAGGAAUACGUUUCGCUUUUCUGUCCAGUCCUAGGAUUAUGUAUACCUUUUUUGGCUUUCGGCACUCUAGCCGCCCCCAGAUGUGUAACAUUUUAUUGAAUCAAUCUACUAGGUUUGAUUAUAUCUCUAGCCGAAGGAGUACUUGCGACCAUGAAUUCAGUUUUCGUAAGACGUAAUUUAAAAAAAAAAUGCGAAUGAUAAUCUGUACAAGGCUUUGAAAAUGAGUCAUCUCCGAGUAAAAACGAUUUAUAUGCCAUAAACUAUUUGUUGUAUUUAGCUUAGCUAAAAAAUAUGCGAGGGAUCUUUCACCUGCAGGGGAAUGAAUAAAAUCCACAUACAUAUGUCAGCCCACGGAUACGCAAAUUGGUAUCCCAUUCUACAAAUAUUUUCAUUAUGCAAUAGGAUCCAGAUCAAAACCGGUUUGCAGCUACAAAAAAAAAAAAAAAAAAAAAAAAAAAAAAACCGGUUAAAAAAAAAAAAAAAAAAAAAAAAAAAAAAAAAAAAAAAAUCUCAUGAACUAUUUCUCAAAGUAUUCAAUCUAGUGCUAACAGACUAUCACUACCUGCAUUUUAAACAAGUAACUAGUUAUCAAAUAUUUAGAUAUAGCCCGUCAAACAUUGGCGACAGCAAUGCCUGAACUUCCCAUCUACUAAAGUUACUUGACAAAAACGUGGACUCCAUUUUGUAACAAAAUGGAUGCGAGCCCCCCCUGCACAACACACAAAUAAGAAUGGCAUCCCACAUAUGCCAAGUUACGACAGCACAUAUCAACCAUUUGUCUCUAAUUUACAUAUUUUCUUCAAAAAUUAUUAGGCGACCACCACCAGCCCACACCCCAUUUAAAAAAAACAAAACAAUGACUUUAACACAACAACCAUAAAAAUAAAAAAAACAAAAAAAUGGAUUUCGCUGUAAGUUUGUUGCAGACAUUGUCCAAAGAUGAGAGUUUUUUUUUUUUUUUUUUUUUUUUAUACAUCCAUUUUUUUUUUUUUUUUUUUUUUUUUUUACAACGCACAUAGCUUAUUCUUGUCUGUUAUGAACUCUUGAAGUCAUCUGCCCACAUCCUUCCCUCGCUGUAGCCUUACACCCACAAACACCACUCCAAAACCUAGAUUUUUGUUUGUUUUGUUUAUCAUCAGCACAUUUAUUCCAGUGUAUUUGGGCAGUCAUUCAUUAGCCGCACAAGCUGUUCCUACUGGUGUUAUGCGGGCACGCCAUUGGCCACUUCGCUGGGCUGUGUUUAAAUCGCUCUUUACUGGAGAGAUAAUCUCCGCAUACGUGGGAGGGUGCUCUUAGUGGACUGCUUCUUUACUGCGCUCUCAAAUCCACCCUCUUAGAUCGCUUGGCCUCCUCCUUAGGUCGAAGAACUUUUUAAUACAAAGUAUUGUAAAAAAAAUUUUUUUUAAAUCUUCGAAAACGACUUAAAAGAGUUGACUACAAACAUUCAUUAUUCAUUCAUUCAUUAUUUUCUGGUAUUUAAAAAUCUUGAUGAAAAUGACCUUAUCAAACUGGAUGUUGAAAAUGACCUUAGCAAACUGGAUUUUGAAAAUUAGCUUAGCAAACUUGAUUAUGAAAAUGACCUUAGCAAAGUGGAUGAUGAAAAUGGCUUUUCCUUACUGUUUAUUUGUUGAGGAUUCAAAUUGGUGCUAUGCAAUGUUUUUGCAAUUUACGUACGCAAUUAGAUAGUACAGUGGCAUUACGUAAGCACCCGACAAAACGGUUAAUCAAUACACCCAACGACCCGCCCACUGACCAAAAGCCCACUAUGGGCGUACAUCUUGCUCAGUGGUCAAGAGCCCACCAGCGACCAAAAGCCCACUAUUCACCAACAGCUCCUUAUGGGUCUAAGAGCCCAACUGGUACCAAACAGCUCACCCUGAUAACCUCAGUACCGGUCCAAAACGUGUCUAACUGUCCACCUGUAAAAACGAGCCUGACAGUAACUAUGGCCAACUAGUAGCCAACAGCCAGAUAGUACCAAACAGCAAACCAGUAACUAAUAUACCCCCAGAGACUAAUAGCAAACCAGUGACUAAUAUACCCCCAGAGACUAAUAGCAAACCAGUGACUAAUAUACCCCCAGGGACUAAUAGCAAACCAGUGACUAAUAUACCCCCAGAGACUAAUAGCAAACCAGUGACUAAUAUACCCCCUGAGACUAAUAGUAAACCAGUGACUAAUAUACCCCCAGAGACUAAUAGCAAACCAGUGACUAAUAUACCCCCAGAGACUAAGAGCAAACCAUUAACUAAUAUACCUCAAAGACUAAUAGCAAACAAGUAACUAAUAUACCUUCAGAGACUAAUAGCAAACCAGUAACUAAUAUACCUUCAGAGACUAAUAGCAAACCAGUAACUAAUAUACCUUCAGAGACUAAUAGCAAACCAGUAACUAAUAUACCUCCAGAGACUAAUAGCAAACCAGUAACUAAAUAUACCUCCAGAGACUAAUAGCAAACCAGUAACUAAUAUACCUCCAGAGAUUAAUAGCAAACCAGUAACUACUAUACCUCCAGAGACUAAUAGCAAACCAGUAACUAAUAGUCCUUUAGAGACUAAUAGCAAACCAGUAACUAAUAUACCUCCAGAGACUAACAGCAAACCAGUAACUAAUAUACCUCCAGAGACUAAUAGCAAACCAGUAACUAAUAUACCUCCAGAGACUAAUAGCAAACCAGUAACUAAUAUACCUUCAGAGACUAAUAGCAAACCAGUAACUAAUAUACCUCCAGAGACUAAUAGCAAACCAGUAACUAAUAGUCCUCCAGAGACUAAUAGCAAACCAGUAACUAAUAUACUUCCAAAGACUAAUAAAAAACCAGUAACUAAUAGUCCUCCAAAGAGUAAUAGCAAACCAGUAACUAAUAUACCUUCAGAGACUAAUAGUAAACCAGUAACUAAUAGUCCUCCAGAGACUAAUAACAAACCAGUAACUAAUAUACCUCCAGAGAAUAAUAACAAACCAGUAACUAAUAGUCCCCCAGAGACUAAUAGCAAACCAGUAACUAAUAGUCCUCCAGAGACUAAUAGCAAACCAGUAACUAAUAUACCUCCAGAGACUAAUAGCAAACCAGUAACUAAUAGUCCUUCAGAGACUAUUAGCAAACCAGUAACUAAUAUACCUUCAGAGACUAAUAGCAAACCAGUAACUAAUAUACCACCAAAGACUAAUAGAAAACAUCAACUAAUAUACCCCCAGAGACUAAUAGCAAACCAGUAACUAAUAUACCUCCGGAGACUAAUAGCAAACCAGUAACUAAUAUACCCCAAGAGACUAAUAGCAAACCAGUAACUAAUAUACCUCCAAAGACUAAUAGCAAACCAGUAACUAAUAUACCUCCAGAGAAUAAUAGCAAACCAGUAACUAAUAUACCUCCAGAGACUAAUAGCAAACCAGUAACUAAUAUACCUCCAGAGACUAAUAGCAAACCAGUAACUAAUAUACCUUCAGAAACUAAUAGGAAACCAGUAACUAAUAUACCUUCAGAAACUAAUAGCAAACCAGUAACUAAUAUAACACCAGAAACUAAUAGCAAACCAGUAACUAAUAUACAUUCAGAAACUAAUAGCAAACCAGUAACUAAUAUACCUUCAGAGACUAAUAGCAAACCAGUAACUAAUAGUCCUUUAGAGACUAAUAGCAAACCAGUAACUAAUAUAACACCAGAGACUAAUAGCAAACCAGUAACUAAUAUACCUUCAGAGACUAAUAGCAAACCAGUAACUAAUAUACCUCCAGAGACUAAUAGCAAACCAGUAACUAAUAGUCCUCCAGAGACUAAUAGCAAACCAGUAACUAAUAUACUUCCAAAGACUAAUAAAAAACCAGUAACUAAUAGUCCUCCAAAGAGUAAUAGCAAACCAGUAACUAAUAUACCUUCAGAGACUAAUAGUAAACCAGUAACUAAUAGUCCUCCAGAGACUAAUAACAAACCAGUAACUAAUAUACCUCCAGAGAAUAAUAACAAACCAGUAACUAAUAGUCCCCCAGAGACUAAUAGCAAACCAGUAACUAAUAUACCUUCAGAAACUAAUAGCAAACCAGUAACUAAUAUACCUUCAGAGACUAAUAGCAAACCAGUAACUAAUAUACCUUCAGAGACUAAUAGCAAACCAGUAACUAAUAGUGCUCCAGAGACUAAUAGCAAACCAGUAACUAAUAGUCCUUUAGAGACUAAUAGCAAACCAGUAACUAAUAGUGCUCGAGAGACUAAUAGCAAACCAGUAACUAAUAGUCCUUUAGAGACUAAUAGCAAACCAGUAACUAAUAUAACACCAGAGACUAAUAGCAAACCAGUAACUAAUAUACCUUCAGAGACUAAUAGCAAACCAGUAACUAAUAUACAUCCAGAGACUAAUAGCAAACUAGUACUAAUAGUCCUCGAGAGACUAAUAGCAAACCAGUAACUAAUAUACCUCCAGAGACUAAUAGCAAACCAGUAACUAAUAGUCCUCCAGAGACUAACAGCAAACCAGUAACUAAUAGUCCUCCAGAGAGUAAUAGCAAACCAGUAACUAAUAUAACACCAGAAACUAAUAGCAAACCAGUAACUAAUAUACAUUCAGAAACUAAUAGCAAACCAGUAACUAAUAUACCUUCAGAGACUAAUAGCAAACCAGUAACUAAUAGUCCUUUAGAGACUAAUAGCAAACCAGUAACUAAUAUAACACCAGAGACUAAUAGCAAACCAGUAACUAAUAUACCUUCAGAGACUAAUAGCAAACCAGUAACUAAUAUACCUCCAGAGACUAAUAGCAAACUAGUAACUAAUUGUCCUCGAGAGACUAAUAGCAAACUAGUAACUAAUAUACCUCCAGAGACUAAUAGCAAACCAGUAACUAAUAGUCCUCCAGAGACUAACAGCAAACCAGUAACUAAUAGUCCUCCAGAGACUAACAGCAAACCAGUAACUAAUAGUCCUCCAGAGACUAAUAGCAAACCAGUAACUAAUAGUCCUCCAGAGACUAACAGCAAACCAGUAACUAAUAGUCCUCCAGAGACUAAUAGCAAACCAGUAACUAAUAUACCUUCAGAGACUAAUAGCAAACCAGUAACUAAUAGUCCUCCAGAGACUAACAGCCAGUCAGUACCUAAUAGUCCACCAGCACCUGAGAGCUCACCAGUAAGUAACAGCCCACCAGUACCUCACGGCCUAGCGGUACCUCACGGCCCACCAGUACCUAAAAGCCCACCGGUACUUAACAGCCCACCAAUACCUCACGGCCCACCGAUACUUAACAUCCCUCCACUACCUAACAGACACCAGCCUUUGGACAAACGAACCAACCAGCCAACCUUUCUCUAAACAUCUUGUAUCAAAACCCCUAAAUGAGAAAAUCCCCCCGCAUGUGAUGAGUAGUGAAACGCAAUCUCAGCCUCAUCAUGGCGCCCCGAUGGCGUCAUUAACAACCGCGUAACGAUGUAAUAAGCCGGACACAAACGGUUAGGUAAACUGGGAGCAAAAAAAAAAACAAAAAAAAUAUGGUAGCUGUUUUGACAGCGAAAAUCGGUCGACCCUGUAAUGGGAUAUCGCUGAAACAAAGUAAUUAAACCCCAGUUCUAUUGAGGGCGACCAUCACAAACGGGGGGCAACACAAUUUCUUUCGAAGCAUUAGCCUGCAAAACACUUGUUAGUUUAUAGCGAAUUGAAAUUAAUUUUGAAAUCAAGCUAUGUUUUUAAAAGGUAUCAUCUGUUUCAAAUUUCGUUUGAGUAAAAGUAUGUAUGGAAGUUAUAUUAAAGUAUUUAUGUCUUUAUUUAUUGAAAGUUAGUUUUUAGCAAGACUUUAUGUAUAGAUUAAAACAUAUUUUGUUUAAAAGUCUAGAAACUAAGUUUUUCGUAUAAAUUCAUUAUAAAGUGUAAUAUCGAGCAAUUGGGUUGGGGGGCGGAAAGAGGGAGGGGGGGGGGGGCGGGAAAAAUUGACCAAACAAAGGGAACAGGAAAAGCAGUUUAAAAGAUUCCAAAUAAGACCAACCCGCAGGGUUAAACCCGGGAAAAAAAAAUGAGUUUUUCGUAUAAAUUCAUUAUAAAGUGUAAUAUCGAGCAAUUGGGUUGGGGGGCGGAAAGAGGGAGGGGGGGGGGGCUGGAAAAAAUUGACAAAACAAGGGUACAAGUAAAGCAGUUUAUAAGAAUCCCAAUUAGUACCAGCCGCAAGGUUUAAACCGGGAAAAAAAAAUUGUUUACGCCGCUGAACUAUAUUUUUAUUCUAAUGACCCACCCACUUUUACACCGCAGAUUUAUUUCACCAUCUACUUCAGAAAGAAACAAAAGAAAAUACUACGCACCAAACAGACUUGAAAUAUUUGUUCGAAGAAUCUCAUUUGGCGCAGUUAUCGGGAAUUUCAUUUCGUGAAAUCAGUGGCAUAAUCGUUUCCUUCAUCUCCCCCCCCCCCCCCCCCCAAAUAAAAAAAAGGAAAAAAACCGUUUUUAUUUUUGGCGGGGGGGGAGGGGGUGGGGGGUUGGGGCUGACAAUUUGUUCGAGUGUGUUGUCAUCGGCGACGAGUCUACGUGUCGAGCAGGCUUGACGUGAAGUGGCUCAAUUUCGCCAGCCACCCCCGCCACGAAUAAAGAGAGAAAUUAAUGUAAAGAAUAUCAUAAAUGAAGUUCCAUUGCUCAGAGGCGCGCCCUCGUGGAGGUACAACUAUCAAUCAAUGAGUGAAAGUGGCGCGCCAUGGCCCCACGAUCCCCUUUCCAAACCGCUGUCAUCAAACGGGGAACGAACUCUGACCUGUUGUAAUUUUGAAAACCUCCAACACGUCGUUGUAUUGCUUUGGUCUUUUUUUUUUUUCUUUUUUUUUUUUUACAACCUUCGAAUACAAUCCUUGUUGUAAAAAUGUUACUGUUUUAAAAAAAAAAAGAAAAAGAAAAUUUUUGUUUUUUUUUUUUUUUUUUUCUUUUUUUUUUUUUUUUUUUUUUUUUUUUUUUUAAAUUAUAAAUCUCAGGAUACGAUGAAACAAAUGGAUGGAAAGUAAAUUUUGCUUAUAAAAAGGAAGUAAUAAGUUAAUUCGAAGAUUUCAGGAGCCUACGAUAAUUCAGUAAGGGAUUGUUUAUAUCUGAAAUCAACACUGAUCCCCCCUCCCGACCCCCCGACCCCCCACACCCACCAUAUAACAACCUCUUAUACGCCUAUCCCUUACGCCAGGGCCGUCUUAAGAACAUAGGGGGCCGUGGAAACAGCCAUGCACUGGGGCCCCCCGCAACACAACACACCAGGUCAUUAGAAAAGUGGGGGGGGAGCGAAGUGGGGCACUCACCCCAUGCUCAAACAUUGGGGGGGGGGUGUCACAAACAGUUGUUGCUCCCAGCCCAAAUCAUCAAGAGGAAUAAAAUUGUAAAUAAGAAAUGACAUUCAAUAAAGAUAAAAAUAGGUUAAUUCAACUUAUUUAUGCAAAAAACAAAAUCAUUCCAAUUCAAUAAUGUUUUUAAAACAUCAGAAAUACAUUCUAAUUCAUCCCAGAUGAUGAUAAAUUAUCAGGUUCUCCAUUUGAUUACUUAGUCUUUCUGCCUCACGCCUCGUUUUUACUUUUCCUGAUCAGUGUCAGCUGAUACAGAGUCCAGAGCAUCUUGUAUUUUUUUCGAAACGUUGACGGCAUCAAAAUGUGCCGACCAUCUUGUAUCAGACAGUUGCUUUACGACAACGAGAGAUUUUCCUAAGGAAGAUACCAGAAGAUACCAGAACAUUCCAUCGAUGUGUAGAAAGCUGAGAAACGGGUAUAUAAACGCUGAAGAAAGUCAAAACAUUGUCCAACGUGUAGACAACACUCUGCUGCUUUUGAGCCCACUAAGCUCAGACUGUGUCCAGCACAAGGGACAUACACGGCAAACUCGUUCAAUUGACCCAGCCGUGCUUGCAAUCUAGUGUAGCGUCCAUAGGCAUAUAAAGUUAAAGCCUCGUCAUAUGAUUGACCACGAAAAAUUGAAGGCGGAAUUUCGUUCUCAUUCAGGAAAUCCAAAACAUUGUCUGCUAGAUCCUUUGAUACAAAACAGUGUCUGUUAGACCCUUUGCUCCAUGGGAAAAUAUGGAAAUUAACUUGAUAAAACGUUCCACAGACUUACAUCCUCGAAUAUCCCGGACUGUAAAUGUCAGUUGAUCAUUGUUUGAAAUGUCUGAAGUGGAAUCGUAACUUAUUGAAUAAUAUUUUGACUCUGUAAUUUCCUCCAGAAUAGGACAAAGGACAUGUUGCCCCAUUAGAUCAAUAAAUUAUUGUCAAAUAUUUGCCGGCAGAUACGAUGUGUUACCCUUUCCAGCAUUUCCAUUAUAGUUUGAGAUGCUUCCAAAAAAAGGGAUUACAUUCACUCAACAGCUCUAAAAUAUCUUAAAAAAUGUCCAUUGCUUACUGACCCCAAUAGCUUGACCCAAACCUCUGGAGGCAAGAAAGCAAACGCCAUAAACCCCACGAGUCAGAACUUGAUGCCAGAACUUCUGUUUUGACUUAUGGUCUUUGAUAAAUAAAGGACCUAAACACCUAGCUUCUUUCAGCCGAAGCAAACAUGCGGUCAGAUCCUUGCAAUGCACUACUCAAUUUUUAUGUUCUACAAUAAUAUAGUUAUGUUUCCAAUAAUUGAAUCCUGAUAGAGCAAAUGGACAUACUUUUUUUGCACAAUAGACGAUACGCCAAACAAUACAAACAACCUUGGUAUGGUGAAGAGAGAAGCCAAUCGAGUUUUACGCACUCGCCAUUCCGCAGUUCACGUUUGAAUAUAUUUCUUGAUAAAUAACGUUUCUGAAUUCUUUCAUCUCCAGCUCUGCCGGAGUUUGAAAGGUUGCAGUCAUGAUUCUGACAAAAUGAUGGCCCACGGCGAAUCCAGUACUCAACUGUACAAGUGUUCUUAAUAUUCCAUAGCCCGGGGUCUGUGAGGUGAAUCACACUCUCGUUUUCUGACACAGUUUUGUGUGUUUCAGUUUUUAUAAUUUCCCCAGCAGAGGGAAUAGGUAAUGGUAUUGUCUGGUACUAGAUGGCUGGAUCCAUUUGAGGAUGUAGAUGACGCUACUUUUUUUUGAGGAGCAGUAUUAGUCACUGAUAUUUCGAUUGGGUUUAACCAAAAUGUUAAUUUUGCACGUUUACCCGUUUUCCUUGUCUCCUCAGCUCUUUUUCUCUUCUGUGCUCCAAUUAUAAAACUAUUUUUUUUAAAUUUCCGCUUAAAAGGUUUAACACCUGGAAAUAUAUUCUUUGUUUACAAGUAUUUCUUUAGUAAAAGCAAACAUCAGUUUAAAAUGGAUUUUUCUGUCCCUUCAGACUGACGUGUUCCCCGCUACAAACGAACAUCGGGAAAUGAUCAAUAGCCAUGGUGCAAUUUAAUAAAAUCGAUCUCUGUAUUUGAGCUACCCAGUAUGUAGAAAAAAAAUGACUUAGAGCUUUAUACAGUGAGCACAAUUAUGUCUAAAUGCCUAUAUAUGUCUGCCUACAGCUAAGCCAUACGGUGACUGUUUGGUUCUAUUUAUCAUCUAAAUAUGUUUUGCAGACACAGAAUACAAAAUAUUUUUCAGUUUUAAAAAUAUAAAGUAAUUUGUUUCGUUUUUUAAAAAAUAAAUUUACUUUUAAAAAGAAUUAUUCAUUGGCGACCUAAAAAUUCCUUAUAUAAUGCUAAUUAAAUUCAGUAGUACUUGAACUGGUGCUAGGAUAGAUUUUUAUCCACUAAUUUCACUACGGAACAGUGGCUAUCCAGGGUUAUUACCGCACGGGGCAAACAUUUUUGUCUAACUUGAUCGUAAACAAAUGCUCUAACUUUAUCAUUUUGUUCGAUUCAUAUCUGGGAGAAAUAAAACCUGUGGACGAGAGUUAUUCCCCUUUAAAAGUUUUAAAAACUAUCCAACUUGUGAUUCGCAUUUAUAAUAUUAAUUUUGGAACGUGCCGAUAAUGUCGUCGGUCAAAAGUGGGAAACAUGCUGUCCACUGAUUUUUAAAUCAAAUUUAAUUUCCAAAACUUCUCAAUAUUCAUUAACAAUAUUUGCAACAUGAAGCCUUUAUAAGAGUGAGUCUCCUAGAAGCAAGAGGCCCCCAGGAAGCGUGGGGCCCUGGGCAAGUGCCUACUGUGCCCAUGCCUUAAGAUGGCACUGCCUUACGCCCCACCAUCAUAUCACGUCUUAAGCCCCCCCAAUCCCCUCCAACAAAACACCCAGCCACCGCCUUACAUCCCCCUCCCACCCACCAUUUACAACAGCCACCUCUUUUGGCAACACCCCAAAUAAUUAUUUUUAAUUUUUUUUUUUUAAAUAGCAAUACACACACACACACACAUACACACACACACACAACGAAAAAGCCAAAACAAGCAAAAAAAAAACUCAGGAAUCUAAAAAAAAAAAAACUAAUGGACAAAAUUUAAAAAAACAAAAAAAAAAAAAAAAAAAAAAAAAAAAUUAUUUUUAAUUUUUUUUUUUUAAAUAGCAAUACACACACACACACAUACACACACACACACAACGAAAAAGCCAAAACAAGCAAAAAAAAAACUCAGGAAUCUAAAAAAAAAACAUCUAUUGGACAGAUUUUAUAAACACACAAUAAAUAUACAAAAGUAAUAAAAAGUAAUUUUUAAAAAAAUAUUAAAAUAGUUAGAUUUUAGCAAAUUUAGUCAAAGUACAUAUUAUAUGAUGUGUAUGCUAGUUAAUGGGGUUUUUAAAUUUUAUUUAUGAUUAUUAUUAAACAUUUUUCUUUUGUUUCGUUGUUUUGUUUGUUUCUUUCUUGCUGUUAAUUUCUUUGAAUCUUUGAAUCGCGUUCUUUAAUUCAAUUUCGCAGAGAAGAGACUUAUUAUAAUUUUUUUUUGCCAUCUAAAGAUUUCUAGGAAUUUGAGAUAAACAACCAGACAGACAACUUAUGUAAAACUUGUGUGUGCGUGUGUGUGCGUGUGUGUGUGUCGCGAAAGGUGACCACGUUUUCAGUGGAUGUGGUUAAAAAAAAAAACUGUGGGAAGCCAGACGAUAUAAUGAUCCGGUAGUCACAUGUGUAAAGCUGUUAAAAAUUGUGGGGGGGCUAUGGUACAGAUCUAGCAGUUCGAAUUCCAUAAAGAAGAUGUAGCUAUUUCAAUUUUUAAAAAAAAAAUAUGUAUCAUUUUCAUAUUAAUAGAAUUUUUUAUUUUUUUUUAAGAUCCCAUUGUUUUUUUCUAUUUUAUUCUCCCACACGUCUUUUUUUGUUUGUCUUUUUUCUUUUUUGGUUGUUGUUAUUUUGUUUGUUUGUUUGUUUUUAGUUGUUGUUUUGUUUUUUUUUGGGGGGGGGCGUUGUAAAGUUGUGGAUGGGGUGGAUUACAUUACCAUUAUUUCCCAUUAUGUUUAGUGUGUGUGUUUCAUGCAGGUUUAUAGUGUUAAAUGUGAUAAAUGGUGGGGGGGGCGUUAAAAAAAAGGGGGGGGGUUGUUUCAAUUCAGUGUUAGAUAGGGGGGGGCGUUGUAAAGUUGUGGAUGGGGUGGAUUACAUUACCAUUAUUUCCCAUUAUGUUUAGUGUGUGUGUUUCAUGCAGGUUUAUAGUGUUAAAUGUGAUAAAUGGUGGGGGGGGCUUUAAAAAAAAGGGGGGGGGUUGUUUCAAUUCAGUGUUUUUUUUUCUACUGCGUUGUAAAAUUAAAUUUCGCUUUGCUCAUCCUCAUGCCGAAGGAUAACAUGUACGUAUUGGCUACCAUCCCUUACAGCCAGAUAACAUCGGGAUAGUGCUUGCUAUUUGAGAAUCAAUACUUUACUUUGAUCUUGGAUGGCAACUCAUCUAAGAAAAGGAAACUCAAUUCAAACCCGGAUUCGGAGUCCCGUAGGCGGAUAACAUUGACACGAUGAAACAUUCCAACUCCUUCGACACCCCUGGUGCCCAAAGUCUACCUACCUACGUCUACCUACCUUCCGACUAUCUACCUAUCUACGUCUACCUACCUUCCGUCUACCUACCUUCCGUCUACCUAUCUACGCCUACCUAUUUUCCGUCUACCUAUUUACGUCUACCUAACUUUCGUCUAUCAACCUUCCGUCCACCUAUCUACGUCUACCUACCUUGCGUCCACCUAUCUAUGCCUACAUACUUUCCGUCUACCUACCUUGCAUCUACCUAAAUUGCAUCUACCUACCUUGCAUCUAGCUAAAUUGCAUCUACCUAACUUGCAUCUACCUUCAUUCAGUCUACUAACCUUUCCACUACCAACCUUCCGUCUACCUAUCUGCGUCUAUCUACCUUCAAUCUACCCAUGUCUACCUACCUUACGUCUACAUAACCUUCCGUCUACCCACAUUGCGUCUACCGACCUUCCGUCUACCUACCCUCCGUCUACCUACCUUCCGUCUACCCACAUUGCGUCUACCGACCUUCCGUCUACCUACCCCUCCGUCUACCUACCCUCCACCUACCCACAUUGCGUCUACCUAAUCUGGCUAGUACUGCGUCAUAUUUUAGAUCACACAAACGUGUAAGAGUGAAACAUAAAUCCAUACAAUUAUGUUGUCAUCAUCUUGAAAUUGUAUUUUCUUUGUUCCGACGGGAAGUGAAUUUUAAAACGGAAAUCACGAAUUUCCACUUCAGCGCCUUGUGGGUAAAGAGCUACCGGACGUGACGAAAUCAUUUUCUGUCCAGGAAUAGUGUCCAUCUUGUCUUAUUCACGGAAGGAAUCUGCAAAAUUAUCAUGGGAGUAGUUCAGAGUUAAAAAAAAAACACCAACAAAUAAAUGUUGCUUGUUUCUUUUGGAAAAUUAAACUUCAAAUACAAAGCCAAGGACAUGUUGAUAUAUUAUCAUUUUGCUAUAGCUUAGGCUAGUGUCACUUAGGGAGUUUGUCUGUAGGCGAAAGUUAUAUCCUCGUCGGUGGCCAGUGUUCUGUGCAUGUUGACAGAGAGGAUUUCUUGAAAUUAUGAACGUUUUCUGAAUUGAUAUAUUCCUUCUUUUAUGAUAUGUCUAAAGUGUAAACUAUUGCAGUGGGAUGAGGAUGAACCGGGAGCCUUGUGUGAAUUGGAUGUAAGAUCUUUAUAUAUUUAAGGAUAUAUUUUUUUUAAAUUCCUGUUUGUAGAGACUGACUACGGUUCCCUGUAUAAGGUCUGGUGUAUUUUACAUGUAUAAAUAAGGAUUAAUAUUACAAUAUAUAUUAUAUAUAUAUAUAUAUAUAAAUAUAUAUAUAUAUACAGUGUCCCUAUCAUUUUACGGUUGUAUGAUCCUUGUCAAUAUCUGAAUGUCAGGUCAUUGUCUAUGUCUGAUGGUAAGGUCAUUGUCUAUGUCUCAUGGUAAGGUCAUUGUCUAUGUCUCAUUGUAAGGUCAUUGUCUAUGUCUCAUGGUAAGGUCAAUGUCUAUGUCUCAUGGUAAGGUCAUUGUCUAUGUCUCAUGGUAAGGUCAUUGUCUAUGUCUCAUGGUAAGGUCAUUGUCUAUGUCUCAUGGUAAGGUCAUUGUCUAUGUCUCAUUGUAAGGUCAUUGUCUAUGUCUCAUGGUAAGGUCAAUGUCUAUGUCUCAUGGUAAGGUCAUUGUCUAUGAGUAAUGGAAAUAUUCUCUCGAGCAAGUAACUUAAUUAAUACGUUUAAAACAACUCAACAAUGAAUGUAGACAAGGUCUAGACAUAAACUUUUUCCCUGAUAUACUCUAUAGAAGGGCAAAAAAAAAAAAAAAAAAAAAAAAAAACCCAGCUGCACACUAUUCAGAGGCGAAGGAGGGGGAUGUGGAGGGGUGGUCGGCCCCAGGCGGCACAUUUCCUUAUAUUGAGGGCGGUAUUUUCUAUUAAACACAGACUUUUUUUUUCUUCGUGGAAAAAGAGGAGGGGGGGGCGGGAUUAAUCCUUAAUACUACGCCACUGACAAUAUUGCAUCCUCAAUCAUGCAGUAAUUUAGCAGUUUUAGCUCGGGGGCAUGUAGACUUCAGUCUGGCUUCAGUUCCGAUACCGUCUACAGUCAGUGUGUUUUCAUCAAUCAACCAUCAGUCACAAUGUCCUGUAUCGUGAGAGCAGGGUGCCCCCCCCCCCACACGCACACACACACAUUACAGCUAAAUGAAACCAAUUAAAAACUUGUCAGAUACAUUUUGAAUAUUAAGACCAUUUUUUUCCCAUUCCCCUUACUCAUUUCUUCAACAGCCCAAAGUUCGGUGGCAACGUUGCCAGAUUGGAUUUUUGCAAAAUUUAUGUUGUGUUUGUUAAGUUCUGGAGUCCAGAUGAUGUCAUCGCGACUUAACAUUUGAUGAUGACGAUGAAAUCAUGUGAUAGCUUCGGUAGUCGGAAAUGGGGGGGGGAGGGGGAAGAGAGAUGGGUGUUGGGAGGAGGUGGGAGGGGGUCCGGCAAACAGCGUUCUUUUUGGUAAGAGAUGAGGAUGUUUACUUCAUUUUUGUUUUCUUAACACUGUACGUUUAUCUGGGUUGUUGUUUUUUUUGUAAGUAGUCGUGACCCCCACCCAUCACCCCCUCUUUAAAUCUGAGUUCAUUCAAAAUCUUCAAUACGUUAUAUGUUACACCAAAGUCCGUCUUGAACAUCGGGAUGUUUUAUGUUACACCAAGGUCCAUCUUAAGCAUCCGGAUGUUCAUUGCUACACCAAGGUCCAUCUUGAACAUCUUGAUGUUAUAAGUUACACCAAGGUCGAUCCUGAACAUAAUGAUGUUAUAAGUUACACCAAGGUCGAUCCUGAACAUAAUGAUGUUAUAAGUUACACCAAGGUCGAUCCUGAACAUCUGGAUGUUAUUGAUGUUUGUUGGGGUAAUUUAAAAAAAACAACACUACAAUAAGAGGAAACAGAGUUGGCAACACGGCUCCGUGAAACAUACAACCGGUUAUUGGGACGGCGAAUAACGUGAUUAUUCGAAAUCUGGUCCAACUGUGUUACAUAUAUAAUUUUCGUUUUUGUAAGAGGUCUCUACGGGGUUCUUGGUAAAUGUCUGCGAUAGGAGUCACACGAAAACCAAGGAUAGAGUCCGUAGCCCGAGGUGGUCAGUCAUUCCGGUCAAGCGAAAAGGUCAGGUCGAUAGAUAAUGUUCUUCAGUCCAGCUGCCGUCAUUCCUCUCACGGGCCCAGUUAGUCCGCAUGUGUGCGAUUUCGGCAUGUUUUCAGUGACACACAUAACACCAGCUUAGGCAGGUUAUGUGACGUGUCGGUUUACAUUUCAGUAUCCAUAAAAUACACACGCAUUAAAAAAAUCUGUUACAUAUUUGGGUCAUUACAAAACACGCAUUUGUGUAAGGGUAAAAAAAAAACAAAAAACAAUGCAAGCAACCAGAGAGGUAAGCUUGGUGGUAAUAAUCAUGGUGGUAAUAAUCAUGGUUUGGUUACUUUAACGCUGUAUGUAACACUACUCCUCUCGUGUUAUUUUUAACUAAUAUAUAUAUAUAUAUAUAUAUAUAUAUAUAUAUAUAUAUAUAACCAGUGUCACAGCUGUGGCCGUAUUACCGUCCAAUACUGCUUAAUUAUUACUAUGAUGAGCUGCUAUGAAAGCACGAGACAAAUCCGGAUGUCUUCAAUCCCCUUAUAACUUUUAUUUACGUUGACAUGAAGGUAUAAAAUAAGGUAUCCAAUAGAAUAAACCUAAUGCUUCAUAAUACAAAAGAGAUGAACGAUAUUUGUUCCGAUUCAAAUGUAAUGUAACUUCAAACGACGCCAGAACAAAAUACACAAUUUCGUCUUCACGGUCCGAAACUCAGCGGGCCAUAUCAAUAAUAAUAAUAAUAAUAACUAGAUAUAGCCCGCUGAGUUUCGGACGAAAAAUUAUAAUAAUAAUAAUAAUAACUAAUUAUCAACAUUUUUUAUGUUAAGUAGUCUGAGUCACUGUAUUUUUCUUUGCAAAGAACUUAUAGUGGAAAUGUUAUGGUGGUAUUUCUCGGGGUGAUAUACCUUGUUGCGUUUUUGCUGUUGGAAAUUUUUCGUUUUUUUGAAACAUUAUUUUGCGAACUUCACUUUUUUCAAAAGUUUUUACACAUUUUAUUUGAAAUCGAUUACAGUUUUAUCAAGCCGACCGAGGUAGCAUUAAAAUUUCACCCACCGCUUUGACAUGGGUCAUUCGAUAGCAGUCGUGGCACACGGGAAAAGAACUUCUAAAACAUUUCACUUAAGAAAGUUGAUAAAACCAAAUUACUUAUAGACUUGAUUUGAAUCUGGCCCUGAAAAAACAAAAAUUGCACCUGACAACAGCUAGGGUAAAAUAAAAAAUAUCUGGAAUUCAAUGGUUUUUAAAGAUGUUUUUAAAAAGAAAAAAAAAAAAAGGUUACACUAUGGCUUUGCAAUAGGGUUUGUCAUUUCUCGGACCAGAAAACGUCACAGCGUUACUAUUUUUAGAGCGUCGGACAAAUAUUGCUUGAAAGAUUUGCAGCUAAUAGUGUGCUUCAGAUUAUCGUUUGGACGACCCUUGGUAUCUAGAGUCCAUGUUACAUGUGCCAGAAUAGCGGUAACGACAAACAAAAAAUUAAAAAGUUGUCAAAUAUUUCGUAAAAUAAGAGUUGUAAACAAGUUUUCAAUUUAUGUUCAGGGACAAUUCGCUAACAUGGUAGUACUGAACAGUGUUGACUGGACAUCUAUGUCCGACCCCGAGUACCUGGAUGAUUACAGCAGUUCUAAUAAUAGAUUUCCGCCAUUAAAUACCAAGCUCUAUGGAAUUCAACUGAAGACCCCCCCCCCCGACCUAGCCGCACCCUCUACCCGCUCACCCCACAGACAUUCCAACCCCCCAACCAAAAACCCCGCCAAGGGACCACACUUUCCCCCUUUCCCCCCCCAAAAAAACAACAACAAAAAAAAAAAAAAACAGCUCUCACGCUCCAUCACGCUCACCUCAUGGAUCUACUUCUUUCCUCGAACAUCCACCCCACCCCCAACCCCCGUUUCCCUCUUGCCCCAUCACUUUGCUUGAUCAGUUCCGAGAAAUGCUCCAUUUUUGCUUGAGUAAAAAUUGCUUGAUGUUCCUUAUUUUGUCGCAAUACGUGAGAUGCUUUCCGCACGACUCGCUCGCCCCUUGCGUGUCGGAUCAGCUUUUACCGUUCCCGCGUUUGGUAUCGGAUUAAGCUCAUCGUAUUCGCUUUGGUGCGAUAUCUUUCCAUGGUAUCGGAUUCAGCUCGGUAUUAAACUUGCCCCGCACAUCGUAUUCGCUUUGGUGCGAGAUCUUUCCAUGGUAUCGGAUUCAGCUCGGUAUUAAACUUGCCCCGCACAUCGUAUUCGCUUUGGUGCGAGAUCUUUCCAUGGUAUCGGAUUCAGCUCGGUAUUAAACCAGCCCGCACAUCGUAUUCGCUUUGGUUCGAGAUCUUUCCAUGGUAUCGGAUUCAGGUCGGUAUUAGACCAGCCCGCACAUCGUAUUCGCUUUGAUACGAGAUCUUUCCGUGGUAUCGGAUUCAGCUCGGUAUUAAACAAGCCCGCACAUCGUAUUCGCUUUGGUGCGAGAUCUUUCCAUGGUAUCGGAUUCAUCUCGGUAUUUAACUAGCCCGCACAUCGUAUUCGCUUUGGUGCGAGAUCUUUCCAUGGUAUCGGAUUCAGCUCGGUAUUAAACCAGCCCGCACAUCGUAUUCGCUUUGGUGCGAGAUCUUUCCAUGGUAUCGGAUUCAGCUCGGUGCUAAACCAGCCCGAAUGACAGCCGGUGAAGCUUAACUCAGAAACGUUCUAACUCACUUCGGGAGAUAACUCCAAUAUUUAGGGUAUACAACUCAAGCUCCGCAAAAAAAACAAAAAACAUAUAGAUAAAAGAGUCCUUCUUUGUUCGGCCUGAUGAGUAAAUAAUUCUUUUUUUUUCUCUCUUCUUCAAAAUAAACAAUAAUUCAUGUCAAAAUAAAUAUUUCAAAAACAAUCAAAGGCAAAUAAAUUAAUCUAUUUUAUAUAUAUUUGGAACAAAUCAUCCCGUUUGAAUUUAUUUAAUAGAAUAUCUGCCCAAGUUAGUUGUAAACAAGCCACAAAUACAUUUGAUCAGAUGUACUUUUGAUGCAAGAAUUAUAUCUUUGAAUGUGGCUACCUUCUGAACGAUGAAAUGUCAUUUUAAUAUAAAUCACGAUAUGUCUCUUAGAUUCUUUAAUAUUUCUGCGUGACUAAUCUAAGGACUGGAAACUUUCAUGUAGCAAUAUUCUUUUUGCAAUUAUAAUUUUUUGUUGUUGUUGUUUUAAAAUGGCCCCUGAAAAAAAAAAGUAGACUCAGAACCUAUGAGAUCGUGCUCCACAUUCCCUCCACCUUUCCGAGAGAUGGUGAAUCACAAACUCUGAGUACAGAUUAAAUUUUUUAACAAAUCUUCGCAUUGACAGAACUUUUUCUUUUUUUUUCAAUUUAAAAAAAAAAAAAAUGUUAUUCUAUAUUUUCAAUUUUUUUUUAAAUUAAAAAAAAAAAAUAUAUAUAUAUAUAGAGAUAUAUAUAUAUUUUUUUUAAAUUUCAACACAGAUAAUGAGUUUGACUUUUAACAUCAUUCUUUUAUUAUUAUUAUUAUUAUUUUAAUCUUCUUUUGUUUUAUUGACAACACGCUCUCCCCGCCGAAUCGAGAUAAAUUGUUGUCACGCCAUUGACGCUUGACAAAUGUUCGUCGUGAUCUUCAAUCGUACGACCUGGUAGUUCAGUCGUGAUGCACUACAGAAAUAGCUCCUAAUCAUCUUAUCAUUUAACUAUCCUUUCAAUUUUUUAAAAUGUUUUGUUGUUGGUUGGGGAGGUGGGGGGAUUUGCUGAGCAAAGAAGCUCUCAAAAUCUGAACAGCUCCAGUGCCCAUAAAUGGUUGAAACAAUAGAUUCUACGACUGUCUACGAUUUUUUUUUAUUACCGAUACAGAUCUGUGAUAUGACAUUAUCACCAUGGUGACCGCGACGCCGACCUCCUCGGCUGUUCUGGCAGCCAUCGCGGCCGUUCACGAUGGUUUCAACGCCAGCAGUGGCCCACGUCUCAACAACGACAGCUACGGCAACGGGAGCAGCGUGACCGCCGCCGACAUCAGCAGCAGCAGCAGCAGCAGCAGCAGCAACACCAACAACAACAACGUUGACAGCAUGUUGGAGCUUCAGUUCGACAGGUGAGCAACACAUUUCAAAAACUUUUCACACACGGUUCAUCAAUAUUAAACCCUUAUUGUAAGAUGAGCCCUGGCAAUAUAUCGCCCGGGAGAUCUCUAUUGCAGGGACAUAGGACUUAUUUGUGAUUCCAAAGUCAGUUAUAAAAUUUAAAAAAAAAAUGAAAAUGUGUGUCAGGUGGGGGGCCAAAAUUUUUUUCAGUAGGUUUUGUUUGUUUUGUAGAAGUCAUUUAAAUUUAAAGUGAACAAACUAUUUAAGAUAAGAUGAGAUUCUUUAUUGAUCCACAUGAAUUGAACUGUUGUAAAUAUUUAUUUUCAGCACAUAUCAAUUCAUAUUUUUAAGCAAAACAGCAGUUUAAAAUUAAAACAAUUUAAACACAAGACAUCUAAAGAAUUUCUCGAGCGUGGGAUUAAGCCACCAGUAAACUCCCUUUAGUGACAAUAAUGACGUACUUAGUUAUCAUUUAGAUUUGGGUAAUCGAAAUAAGAGACAAUGUAAUCAUGCUGAUGUUGUCAGAUAUGAGAUACAAUCUAAGACGUCAUGAUAUAAAUAAUAAAGGCAUAUCGUAUGACAUUAACGCCAUGGCAACCAUGACGCCGACCUCGGCUGUUCCGGUAGCCCAAUCAUCUGCCGCUCAACAUGGUUUCAACGCCAGCAGCGGCCCGCUCUCAACGACAGCCAGACGUCUACGGGAGCAGCAGGAACGUCGCCGAGUCGUCCCAUAAUAUCUGACGCUGUCCAUGUUUAACCAUACCCCAGAUCUUUUAAAUAAUCAACAAUCGUCAUCAUAGACUCUGUACCCUUAAAAACUCUAUGGUCCAACACUUAGCGUGUCUAACAAAGACACAAUUCCAACUUUUAGCAAAGAAAAAUCUAACAUUACACUUUUUUUCUUUAAAAAAAAUCAUUCAGAAUUAACGCAAAACUUUUAUGUAUGUUUGUAUUUAUAUAUCUCUACAACAGAUGGGAAAUCAACUCAACAGUGGAGAGUGUAUUGGUGCCAAUCCUGUUCGCCAUAAUUUUUGUGGUCGGCCUGGUAGGAAACGGGACCCUGAUCCUCUCAGUCAUAGCCAACAAGGUAAGUGUAUCCAUGUGUCAAACUGCCGUAUCCAGAAAUUUGAUCAAACAAAUUGUCGUCGACGGAAAAUUGAUCAACGGAAAUUUGAUCGAACGGAAGUUUGGUCGAAUCUUUUUUUUUUCUUUUUCAGGUCACACGUUAAAAUUGUGCGUCAAAUUUGUUUUUAACGCAUUAUUUUGUUUUAAUGUAUAGUAUAAUGCGUCCAAAUCUACCCUCCCCAAAGCAUCCUUUACCCAAGGCUCCCCCUCCCCAAAGCCCACCUUCCAAAAGCAUUCAUCCCCAAAGCAUCCCUGAAUGAACGGGCCUCGGAGCGGCACGCUGGAGAAGUUCUCCCUUUUGCUGAUGUUGCACAUUUCACGUACUCGCUCCAAAUAUUCAUUUAAUUAAUUAAGAGUAAUCUUUCUGAAACGAGACACUUGAAUUAACUUCAUGAGAAUGCUGGGAAUUUUAAUAAGGAAACGGGAUAUCGUGUUCUUUAUCUUUCUGACGGAAACACAUAACUCUGAGAGGUUGUUUUUUUUCUUCAGAUUGAGCAUCCUCAGUUUGCUCCCUGUAUUUUAAAUGACCUUUAGGGUAUUUUCCAUGGCAACGCCUGAAGUAUUUUCGUCAAGGAUACCCGUUCUGACAUUUUCAAGUUGAGUACAGAAGUCUUGAGGGCCCUUGGCUUCCACGCGCAUCGCUCGCUGUUUUCGUAGGGGGAAAACUUCUUCGAAAAUUAUGGUAUCGGCCGUGAAUAUUUUCUUAAAAUCAAUGCGAAAAUUCAGCCAUUUGGCGUAAACGAUUAUAUCAGAUUGGAUAACUUACCCGCGUUUUCAAUUAUAGAUGUCGGUGUUAUCAAUAAAGACGUGAUUGAGGGAUGGUUAAAGGAGAUAAUUUAACGGCUCCGGAAGCUAUGUGAUUGAGACUUUUGAGGGGGGGGGGAGGAGGGCGAUAAUAAUGGGUCUACCAGGUGGGCAGAGGCUUAAUUGGACGAAUGGUUGACGCAGGCCGGAAACUAGGCCAUGCAUGUGUGGGUGGUUGUAUUAUACUGGACUAGUCCCAGUCCCAGUCCCAGACGGUGGCCUGAAAAUGGGAUAUGUAUGUGUGGGUGGUCAUAUUAUAUUGGACUAGUCCCAGAAAAUGGCCUGAAAAUGGGACAACGUUGAAAAGAUUUACACGCUUUUAGGCAGGAGGACAAAAUAAACAGGUGUAAUAAGGAGGAGAUAACCUAGUUUAUAAUACCUUUUUUUUCCCCCAACUUACAGCAUCAUGUAUGAAAGUAAUAAUCUUAAUCUAUCAUCAUAAAUGUGUUUAUGUCUCCCUAGGUAAUGUGCAACAUUCCCAACAUCCUCAUCGUCAGCCUCUCCCUGGGAGACUUCCUGCUGAUCCUCAUCUCCGUGCCCGUGACGUCCAUCUACUACACGUUCGUCAACUGGCCGUUCGGCUCAGCCGUGUGCAAGAUCAACGAGUUCAUCCAGACGGUGUCGCUGGGCGUGUCCGUGUUCACGCUGACCGCCCUCAGCGCCGACCGCUACGUGGCCAUCGUCAACCCCAUGGCGAAGCUCACCGGGCGCACGCUGAGGACCACCAUCGCGACGGUCGUCGGCAUCUGGGUCCUGUCCCUGCUGCUGGCGAUACCCGACGCGGUGUUCAGCAAGGAGCAGACCUUCAACGUGACCAACCAUUCGAUCGUGAAGAUCUGCAGCCAGUUCGACCACAGCGAGAUGUCUUCGUACCCGAAGACCUACAUCACCAUCCGACUCUUCGUGUACUUCAUCCUCCCGCUGUUGACAAUCGGGCUCUUCUACAGCAUGAUGGCAAGGAUUCUCAUCCGGAGCAGCGACAGCGUCCCCGUCGACUCCAAAACGGGCGCGGCCACCCACCACAGGCAGAUCGCCGCGCGGAAGAAGGUCGCGCGCGUCGUGCUGAGCUUUGUCAUCAUCUUCAUGAUAUGCUGGCUGCCGAGGCACAUUUUCCUGAUGUGGCUCUUCUACGACGUGGGCUCCCAGUUCAACGAUUUCUGGCACGUCUUUAAGAUUGGCGGCUUCUGCCUCACGUUCAUCAACUCCUGCGUCAACCCGUUCGCUCUGUACUUUCUCAGCGGCCAGUUCCGGAAGUACUACAACCGCUACCUGUUCUGCUGCUGCCGGCGCGUCCGGUACACCAGCCUCGAGCCCACGUCCACCAUGCACAACCUCCACAGCACGACCAGGCGGGUCAGCGCCACCAACACGUCCAUCGUCCACUCGCAGUCCAUGUGUUGACUAAGAAACUGGCUCCCGCGACGGGGCAGACACCGGAGGCGUGGGGUCAAAGGUCAUACGGUCACGGAUAUUUUCACCGAAAAAAACAUUUUCGUCAUGAAAAAAAUUCCCAUAGCUAUCGACCUUUGAUUUUUUCGCCCGGACGCAUGAAUACAAAAAGUGUUCACCCCCAGCUUUCUACCACGAUACUUGAACUGUUGAAAUCCGAAUCAUAUAUUUUCGACACCAAAACGUUCCCAGGUAUUGAAAAUGAUUGGGGUUUAAGCUGAAGAUGUUUCAAAAAGACUUAUAAUCCUUGAAGAAUAAUCCCAGGCCAUGUGGAGUUCGUCCUCCGAAGCCCACUCCAUCGUCACACUGUGACGGACGGUUGCCAG